AUGCCAAACCCAGAUUUGGAGAUUGCAGUACAGCAGAGCCUGCAGCCUCUUAUUGCAACACCCAGAGACUCCUGUACUUUCAGUUUGCUGUGCAGGACAGGGCGGAGGCUGCAAAUCAUGCAAGGAAGUGACGAAUCUCUGGAGUUAGACAACACACAAAACAACUUUUUAUGGUCUGUGCAGGGGAGCUCAUCCCAGGACUCUGCAAGAAGCCCCUGGUGUGGAGUGGAUUGUGUGCAGCACCCUAAUUCUCACUUACAGUCUCUCCAUGUGAAAUCCCCUCUUUGGAUCUUUAACCUCAUCCCCUGCUCUGGCUGCCCCCCAUCUAAAGUGUCUGGUUCAGCUCCUGGGGUGUUCCCAAUUGACAGAGGCAGCUGGUCUAAGAGGAGCUCAGUUUAACAGGAUCCUGGGAGUGCUUCCUGCCGUUUCACAAGCAAUACAUACAGACAGAUACAUGGUGUUCUAGGAUUAGAACGUUCUGAGAAAGGUCAGUAUCUCUCUAUAAAUCCUGUAUACAGUGCUUUGUAAUGUGUCACAGGGAUUCAGUCCUUUGGGGUAUGGCUUGUGUGGAGGUUCUGUCUUAUUUGUUUAACUUUAGAAUGUUUCACAGUCAGGAAUUCAAACUCAUUUGUUUUCUUUCAGGUUUUAGGCCAAAGUAGCCAAACUGGAAAAAUCUCCAGUGUUCUGAAUUCAACUACUUUAGCCUAAGGUGUGAAAUCUACAUUAAAUUCACAGCAAUGCAUAGUUAAGUAAAUAACCCUGACAGGAUUUUUAUUUGAACCCUGUGAAUAGUGAAUGAAACUCUGAAAAUUUGAGCAGAAUUGAGAGUAAUCAAUUCUGGUUGAGCAAAUCUGGUUAUAUUCUCAAACUAGGCAAUGUCAACAAAAAAUAAAAUUUGGAUAGAAUUUUGCCUUUAAGAUUUAAAUUUGCAAAUUUUUUGGAGUUUAUUGAAUAACCCUGAUUGAUACCCUUUAGGCAGCAUUACAUUUACCAGACCCACCAUGUGUACCUGGAUACACAUCACUUCAACAUGCUGAUAGACUGAGCAUGAAAUAUGCUUCCCUGCUGUUUGUGUUACUCAUAUAGUGCAGAAAGAAAAUCGGGGCAAGUACCAUAACCACUACAUCCUGGUUAUGGUGCCAGGAGUCCCUUAGCGCAUGUCCCAUGAUAAAGAGCCAAGCAGUAUUUAAAUGUUUUAAACAGCAUGCUGUACUGGUUACGGUGCUUACAAUGCUCAUUUUAGAAGCUGUUUUGAUAUUUACCUUCGUCCGCAAAUAAAUUAUACAAAUUGCUGUGCAGCCCAUUUCGUGUUGUGUACAUCAGCUUGGCGCAGUUGCUUACAAUGCUCAUUUUAGAAGCUGUUUUGAUAUUUACCUUCGUCCGCAUAUAAAUUAUACAAAUUGCUGCGCAGCCCAUUUCGUGUUCUGUACAUCAGCCUGCGCAGUUAUACGUGGUCAAGGGAAUCUGUUUAGCAACCCAGGCCUCAUGCACAGCCUUAUGGGUUUGUUGACUUAACAGUGAAAUUAUGGUGGUUUGAAAUCUGAAUUGCAAAAUUUAGGCCAAAAUGGUUGCAUCAGAGAAACGUUGGCCUGAAUUCUUAACUAAACUGUGAAUUGCAGAGAAUUGACAAGCGCGUUGCACAUUUUAGGCGAUAUUUGCUGAAUCCGAGAGUAAGCGCUGCGGAAUUAGUUGGUCCUAUAUAAAUGCUAAAAACUUCUCAAAUGCAGUUACUUUUCUCCCUUAAUAUGUUUGUCUAAAAUGUGCUAUUCUCAUGUCAAUUAACAGCUUUCCUUCCCCGCACCCUGAGUCCUCCCCUGCAACUGUCAUCCAAAAAAAAACACACUAAGCCCUUAAUGAUUACUUUUCUCACAACCUUUGUUUCUACCCCUACCUUUACCUUUUGUGUCACUAGACCCCACUCCCUCUAGCAUGUAAGCUCAUUGAGCAGGGCCCUCAGUCCCUAUGUUCCUGUGCGUCAAAUUUGUCUAGUUACAAUUACGUGUCUGUUAGUCCACCCAUUGUACAGAGCUGCAGCAUUUGUUGGCGCUAUAUAAAUAAUCAUAAUGAGCAAUUUUCGAUUCAGUGAGUGAACUCCACAACCAAUUUUGUACUCAUCCACUGUAGCUGGUGUAGCACAAUUCUUACAUUAGGUUGUGCUAUCACGGUUUGGUAUCAUGAAGAUGCAGUUCUUAAUAUUGCCCAAAAGAUAGAGCUCAGUUAACUCCUUGUAAAAGGAUGAAGUGGAUAGGCGUAAACAUAAAGUUUAUAGAGUGUAUUAGCUGGGGCAGUGAGACUUGUUUAGGUAUUUUACCUGUGCAAACACAAAAUGUUGGGGUAACUUAAUGCAUUAUUAAUGUAUUCACUAUACAGUAAGGUAGAUCCAUAAUACACAAUACUUAGGCCAAAACAGCUAUAUUUCUUUUGCAAAUUCAGUUAUCAGCUCAUGUUUGUGUACUUAACCCUUAAGGACCAAACUUCUGGAAUAAAAGGGAAUCAUGACAUGUCACACAUGUUGUGUCCUUAAGGGGUUUUAAAGGGGUAGUCUAGGUAUUGUAAACGUUACAGCCCACUAUAGUUGUCAUUUCUGGAGCCCCAGUCCCUGCAGCUGUCACACGUUAAGUAGUCAAACAGGUUGCAUAUGUGUGGGUCCCCAGGGCACCUUCAAUCUCGGUUAAUGAGUUUCAUCCAAAUAGGGACAAAAUUGAUAUAACUAAUGCAGAAGGGGAAUUUUUCACUUUACAGCUAUCCGAAACGGUUUGACUACUUACUGUGGCAUGCCACCAGGGUACUAUAACUACUACAAUGGGCUGUAGUGCGUAUGAUGCCUGUUAAAGGUGGAAUUCUAAUGACCACAACCACUGCAUAUUAUUUCAGUGGUUAAAUGCAGGGAGCCAUUUUUAAACAGCAUGGCAAGUACUAGGGUUCUCCCAGGGAUGGGAUGGAAUUUUCAAUGUAGAAAAAAAAAUUACAUUCCUACGGGUAGUACUGCUCUGCAGUAUGAAGCAUUCAACGCUGAACUAAGUUAAUUUAUCAAGGAAAGACUUAAGAGAGCACUUUGGUUCAUUUCCUUCCUACGGGAUGUGAAUGCUACAUGCUGGUUAUCAAGCAUACAAUGUGAAUACUCCACAAUAGCAGUGUAUGUAGUAAUGCAAUGCUAGCAUACUUCACACCAAUAUUGUGCUUUCUUACAGGCAUGCCCGUAUAUUUGAGUAGAAUGCAGUGGCAAUCCAUACAAGGUGAUUGUAGCUCACAGUUCCACCGAGUAUUGUAGAAUUUAAAGAACACUCUUUGUUUAGUAGAAAUGCUUUUGUAGGGGUGGAUUUUCUUAUUUGUUUUUUAGUUGGCUACAGCUUUUAAGGUUCACUACAAUUCACUGUGGUGGUUAUGUUGCCUAGAGUCCCCUGGCAGCAACUCCCGGUUAGAUGUCAAACUGUUUAGGAACGUUUUAAAGUAAUUCAUAGAUUUUCUUGGAGCCCGAGGUAAUGCCUCAAGCACAUUGAUAACGGGUAAUUAACACUUCCUCUUUACCAGAGUCCAUUUUGUUCAUUUUUUUUAUGGGGAUUGGUUUAGAAUGAUGCGGAUGGCUUAGUUUAGGGCUCUCAAUCCGUCAAUAUCCUCAUGCAGUUUGUGUGCAAUUAACGUAGAUAUGGAUGCGGACCUGUAAAUGUUUAGACUAUCAUGCAGCCAAUAGGGGGGGUGCCUGGGAAGAUGACCUUUUAAUUUCAAACCAUCAAUAAAUCAGGGGACUCUAGGCAAUUUAACCAAUACAACCUGCUUCAAUGUGCGUGUUGUUUCGAGUGCCCCUUUUUGGUGAAUAAAUAAAUUGUGAUUCAUGGUUUCCGUAGAGGUCAUUUUUGUGAUAAAGCUCCUAUCCUAGGGCUUACUUAGACAGUUGCAUUCUGCUCGCCUUUCCAAUUACUGAUAUUCUUUGGUAGAAGUGAAUUGGAAUGAUCUGCUUUCGGCAACUUUGUCACUUUCACUUUUCAGUCCGUACAUAGUGUAGGAUUUGCAUGUGCAAGUUGGUGGAUGGUUAAAAAGUUACUCCUCAUACAGCUUUUGUAACCUUUGUCUUUAGUGCCCUUUGAUAACCAUUGCACAUGAUCUAGAUGACAUCAGCACUCAAAAAUGGAACGUAAAGGGACACUAUAGUCACCAGAACAACUACAGCUUAUUGUACGGUAUACAGCUUAUUGUAUUUGUUCUGGUGAGUAGAAUUGUUCCCUUCAGGACUUUUGCAGUAAUCGUUGUCUUUUCACAGAAACUGCAGUGUUUAAAUCUCAGCCUAUGGGAUACCUUCACUGGCCACUCAGAUGUCUAAUAGAGGUGCUUCCUGGGACACUUUCCUCAUAGAGGUGCAUUGAUUCAGUGCAACUCUAUGAGGCGAUGCUGAUUGGCCAAGGCUGUGUUUGGCUUGUGCUGGCUCUGCCCCUACUCUGCUUCCUUGACAAUCUCAGCCAGUCCAAUGUUUUCCUAUGGGAAACUUCUGAUGAUGCCAGCCAUAUACCCAGAUCAGGGGCAGAGCCAGCAACAGCAGACUGGAAUAAAAUUAUGAUUUUACUAUAUUUAGCGGGGGUAGAUGGUGUUUUUAACACUAUAUAGAGUCAGGAGUACACUUUUGUGUUUCUGACCCUAUAGUGUUCCUUUAAAUGUUAACGCACAUUUUACUGCAUUGUAAAGAGAGUGCAUUAGUGUAAUUGUAAAUGAAAUUUUAAACAAUGCUUAUCAAUUCUGUUUAUCUAAAUUCCAAGAAUUUGCUCUUUCUCCCAUGAUCUCUGCUAAAACUGCGGACUGGCAGAGAUCACUCAGCCAAUCUAUGGUUUCCCAAUGAAUUCUGUCAGGGUGCCAGGUCCCCCUAGUUUUAACCCUGCAGCUGAAAACAUAGCAGUUUCAGAGAAACUGCUAUGUUUCCCUGAGGGUUAAUCCAGCCUCUAGUGGCUGUCUCCUUGACAGCACCUAGAGGCCGCUUCCUCACGGACCUCCAGCGUAAAAAAAAGAUCCCCAUAGGAAAGUAUUGAGUAAUGCUUUACUAUGGGCAGUUUUGAAUGUUCACGUGCACCUCUGGCCGCGCAUGUGCAUUCGGCUCCACUCAGGAGCUGACGUCGAUGGAGUAGGAGAGGUCACAGUGCCGAGGGAGCCCGGCGCUGGAUUAAGGUAAGCAAAUAAAUGGUUAACGAUUUAUUCGCUGUGGAACAGGGCCCUAGUCACUGUUUAGGUGACUAGGGCUCUAUAGCGUUUGGAAUACAAACACUAUAGCGUCAGGAAUACAGUCCUGUAUUCCUAACGCAGUAGUGUCCCUGCCCCUACAAAAAAAUAACAAUUAAUUAAUGAUUUCCGUAUAUACUUUUCUGCUCACCUCCCUGCCUCUGGUAUACAGCCACUAAGGGCAGACUUAGAGUUGUUUAACAUAGCAGCACUCCGUGCAUAAGGGACACUGCACCCAGACCACUUCAUUGAGCUGAAGUGGUUUGGGUGCCUACAGUGUCCCUUCAACAUCCACGCUUCUCCAGAGAAAAACAUUGUAAUCAAUUCAUUCCUAUGAAUGCCUCGUUUAUGCUCGUCAGACAGUCUCAGCCAACACAAAGGCACACGUCUAGACAUAACCAAUACAGCUUGUUUAAUCUUGAAAUACCCUACUUAAAAAUGUGCAGUUAUUUUAUAUGCCUCAUCUUAUCAUGCUUUGUCUUUUAGCGCACUUGCUACUGCUGUUGGGGCACAGCAAGACUGCCUAGUUACUCAUGCACAAGAAAAAUAAAGAAUGGAAAAGAAAAGAUUUUGAAAUUAUUUUGGGAAACAAAGGUGUGUGUUUUAUUGCAAUCUGGGCUAGGUGUGCAUUAACGCUACUCAUUCUGCAGAUGACGUCAACUAUUUCCUGGUUGUAAAAAGCAAGUGAUAGAACAGCCUGGUUAACAUGGCGCCAACCAUUUUACCCAAGAGGAAUGACUUAGAGGCAGUCUAGGCGUACUUGCCUCUUACACACUGUGCUGAAAACGCAAUAGUUGCCAUUGAAUGUCAGACCCUCAGGGUCUGCAAAUAGUAGGAAGUGGCUAGCAGUACAGUAGGUGUUUGUGAUAUGUUUAGUUGAACUGUAUUGAAAAUUAAAACCCUGAAUGGAAGUUCUCUGCAAGAUAAUAGCUUUUACUAGUAGUUCCGUUGAUGUUUCUCCAUGAAUUAAGCUGUAUACAUAUUGCUGCUGUGAUGUCAUAGUGUAGCGUAAUAGUUUUUUUGAAAGUCUUUGGCUAGGAAGAUCGAUCAGAGCCAUGACCUUACGUGGUUAUGGUGCUUGGAGUACAUUUCCACCAUAGUAACAAUUUAUUGAAAUUACUUUGGUAUUUAAAUUCUAAUUUAUAACUGUAUUCUGCUUUAUUAUGACAGCAUUAUUUUAAUUGCAGGUACUCGGCAGGCUCAUAGAUGAACAUUCUAACAUUAAAAAAAAUGUUAUGUCAAUUAAAAUGCAGCACUGGAAAAAAAUGAUCAGUUGUUUCUCACCACCUUGACUGUGCAGAAAUAUCACAAGAGAAUACCCUCUCUGUGCAAAAUAUUACCACAAUUGCAUUUUCGUUUGGUGUGAUUAAUUCCAGCCUGUUUGCAUGUGACCGGCGGUGGUUCUAUAGGUUUUAUCAAAGAUUUAAACUGUCUGAGAAAAGAAUCUGGUCAGUUUUAUUAACUUGGUGCAACAAAAUUCUACUUCCAGGGUCCUUUCAUUUGUGGAUCUGGCCAGGAACCCCCAAAAAAAGGGGUUCAAGUUCUCCCCGCAACCUUUUCUUCUUCCAUUACUGGGGGGGGGGAUGGAGGAACAUUUGAGAGUACAGGCUGAGGGGAGAACCUUGGCUGGGCAAUGGGGGCAUGUCGCUAUUGGCUGUCUGUCACCAGCAUGCUGUGUCUUCUGACGGAAACAGAACUGACAUUGUUCUGGGCAAGCUAAUGACGCCCUGGUGACGCUGCCGGAGACAUAUGUGCAUGUGCCGUGUAUCAUAGUAAAAUGUGUGUAUUUGCACAAAAAUAAAAGGAUUUAAAAGUGAUAAUCUUUUUAUGUUUUUUUUUUUUUUUUUAUCUUACAUGAUGUUGCAUUGGAUGUUUAUGCACAUUUUCAUGCUUUACCUGUAUAAAAUGUUUAAAAACAUCAAAAUGCUCCUUUUUUUUUUUUAAUGUUUUUUUUUUUAAAAUACACUUUUAAAAGGCACCCCAAGUACAAUAACAAACAAUGUUUCUUGCAAGGAUUAUGGUGCAAAGAGAUAUCCAGUCGAAUUCUUAAAAUCAUUUCCCAGCAAUUAUGAUGUGCUAAACUAGCUACAAUCAAGUUAUAAUACUUAACCCAGUCAUUUUCUUAUCAUUGGGAAUAUUCCACAUACAUCUGGAAAAAAAAAAUACACAAACUAUAUAGUGCACGGUGUCUGUGCUAAAGAGUGUAAAGUGGUUAAAUACAUCUGUUUACAAUGGUGCUCACAUAUACCAGAGCCCCUGCCUGACUCUCAGUUUAAAGGGACACUCCAGUGCCAGGAGAACAAACCGUUUUCCUGGCACUGCAGGUCCCCUCUCCCUCCCACCCCCCAUCCCAUGUUGCUGAAGGGGUGAAAACCCUUCAGUGACUUACCUGUAUCUAGCGUCGAUGUCCCUCGACGGUGGUUUAGGCUCCGCCCACGCGGCUGCCGGCAGGAUAAGACCUAAUGCACAUGCACAGCAAUGCCGCGCACGCGCAUUAGACCUCCCUACAGGAGAGCAUUGAAAAUGCUCUAAAUGCUUUCCUAUGGGGAUUUUAGCUCCAAUGGGCAGAAGUGGUCUGGGUGCCUGGACUGUCCCUUUAAAUAUCUCUGAUAUGAGAGGGAACGCUUCUAACAGACCAUAUUAUAAGACCAGAAAACCCCAGUAGUGUAAUGUCAAUAAUAUUUAUUUAAUUCAAAGACUCUUAAAGCUCUUGCUGUGAAAAAAACAAAUUAAAAAACAAAACAAAACAGUGAGUUAUCUCUUGAGAAGCUGAUACAGCACGGUUGUAUGAAAUCAAUUCCGGCCCUUUCUUCUCUCUUCCAGCAUCGAUCCCUGAUCUGCCGUUCCUGAUGUGCAUAGUGCAGCGUUUCAACCCUGCUCCUGGGCUUCAUCCCACUUUACCCUUUCUAUGCCUGUCUGCAAAUAGUAUAGUGUGUUUUUAAAUUUUUUUUUUAUUUAUUGGCAAUUCACAAAAAUCUGUACUUUUGAGUCCUCCCCCCAAUAUAUCACCGGACUGGUCAAGCGCUUGUAUGUGAUAUGCAUUAGAAAUAGUUUAUGGCAUUCCUGCUAUAGUUUAUAGUGUCCCUUUAGUGUGAAGGCUUUCUGUUGGCACUCCAGCUGUUGCAGACUUGAUUUCACUUAAUGCUAGGCCAGCUGUUAUUUUAUUUAUACAGCACUCCUGUAUUUGUUUUUUCAUCGAACUUGUUAUUGUACGGCAAGGGCGCUUUUACACGAGAAAUUCCAUUUGCAUGUUGUGUGAGGUAUAUAUUGCAGGGUUAAAAAAUAUCAUUAUCUCAACUACAGGUUUUUAAAAAAAAUUAUUUAAAGGCCUGCCCGGCAGCAUUCCACGUUUUAUGAAAGUAAAAUUUCAGAAGCAGGAUGUCACGCUGGGGGGAACUCAGACCACCGCUGGAGACAACUUUGGGGUUAAACUUCUCGAUAACUGUUUAACUCCUUGAGGUAAAAGUGCCACCAGGGGCCUCCUGGCACCAUAACUACUUCAUUUUUUGUUACUGGGCAAUGUUCAAGCCCGGUGUUUUGUAAGCCAAUUCUUUCAUCUGAAAAAUUGCAGAAGUAAAGAAUUCUAAGAAUUAAUAUUUUUUUUGUUGUUUUGUUUUUGUUUCUAAAAAAGAAAGAAUCACAUGUAUUUAACAUUUUUUCCCCUUGAAUUGUGAUUUUAAAUAAAUUGAAGACUAUGAACUAAACAGAAUUGUAAUUAAUUAAAACCUAAAAUUUAGACAGAAGGUGCUGAUGUGAUACAAUUCUGUAACUCUUCUACAAUUACAACUUAAUUUUGCAAUAUGCCACUGUGUUUGCAAAAAAGCUCCUGUUUCAUUAACUCUUUACAUAUUAGCGGUGUUGCUUGCCCCUGCUAACACUCACACACAGGGUUAAAGUAUUUCCUAAUUAGUUUAAUAUCACAAUAUAAUUUCCUAGUCUUGCAUCAGCAAUGCACAGCAGAUCUGCUGAUGUCCUGUGUUCGAGGAAGCUUCUGUAAUACUGCUUAUGAAUCAAGUGAAGAUAUGCCUAACCAGAUUGUUACUGCAUUACUCAAGGGAUAUCUAUGGGUUAAUCUUAGAAAAGAUUAGGUGGACACCCAGUGAUAUAAAUCUCACAGAUGUGUAGCCCUGUUGCAGUAUGUAAUUAGAGUUGCUUUGCAUAGCGUGGCAUUGGUAGAUUCGGUGUCGAUUGCUCAGAUUAUAAUCCAGUGCUUUUAUGGGACAGCUAUUUGGCACUUCAAAGAGCUCAACCCAAGGGCAGACUGGUGUCACACUGUACAUUUAUUUUUGUAUGUUUUUUUUUUUUGUAUUUUUUUUUUUUUCUAUAACACGUUUCCAGUGUAGAGUAUUUAAUAAAAUGUUGUUAAAUAUAAGAGAACAGCUCACGGAGUUAAAUUUACUAUUAAAAAAGGGGGUUAAGAAGCAAAUGGCUUGUAUUGUAUAACCAUUAGUUUUUAUAAAAAUGUACUGACCACGAUUCCAUGACCGAUUUAUCAGCCUUUUUUUUUGACAUUCUUUAUUUGUAUGUAGUAAGGUUACAAGACAGGUCAAAUCAUAUCAAAAGACACGGUAUAACAGGUUUUGUAAGGCCCCUAAACCUUAUGGCCAACAAUAUUUGUAGGGUUUUAUUCCUAGGUUUCCCCCUCUCUCCCUCCCCGCCGUAUUAGCUCCCUUCCCCCCACCAACCCCCCCCAUCCCCACCAGUCUUGAUCCGGCCUCAUUUCUCCGUUUCUUAGGCCUAGUGAUCUUAGUAGACUUAUGUUGGACCUGCCUUUUAGAGGGGAACACCAUUCCCCGACCAACCCCGAGCCUAUUUGCCUUAUAGAGUGGGGUCCGCCGGGACCGCUGUGGUUUGCCUUUCGUCCGGCGUUUAGCAAGUGUUCCACCAUGUGCGUGGGCAUACAUUGUAGUUGGCGAGGUGCAGGACCUUGUUUGGCUUGGUGGGAGUAAAGCUCCUCUGGCUCGCGCAGGGGGUGGUGGUCCCCUUGGGUCCAGAUGCGGUCCCCGCGAGCCCCCCCUCGGUGGAAUUCUGUGUCGUUCGGGUGUAAUGCCCGAGGUCCGGCACCCCCCCCCUUCCGAUGAGUUGUUAAUUUAACCGUGGCCGGGCUGUCUCCGGCCUGCCUGCUAUCUGUGGCUGUCAUGUGUUAACUCCAGUCAAGGUCCCCUUUCCUCCCCUGUCGGUCACCUUUGCUUCGUCAUUGAGGCAUGUGGAGAAAGAGAGAGAAAGAGUUAGAGAGAGUGAGAGAAAAAGAGGAAGAAGAGAGGAGGGAGAAAAAAAAAAAAAGGAAGAAGGAGGGGGGGGAAGGGAGGGGGUCCCGCGCGGCCGCAAUCCAGCCUCCUCCCACGCUACUCCGCCUCCUCAUCUGGCCUCAGACGGUCCGCCCUCGGCCGCCCCCACCUCCGGUCCGAGCUGUAGGAGAUCCACGGUGUCCACAGGCGAGUGCAGCGGUCUUGCGUGCCCCUGAGUUCUGCCGUAAGAAUUUCCAUGUUAUAAAGUUCAUCGACUUUUUCUAUCCACUGAGUAAUGUUUGGGACAACUGGCGAUUUCCAUCUGGCGGGGAUGAGGCUUUUGGCUGCGUUGAGAAAGUGUCUGAUAAGGGUUUUCUUGUAACGCCCCAGAGGUAUCUGAGUGUGGUUUAAGAGCAUAGGGAGGGGCUCCAUGGGGAUGUCCUCCCCCAGGAUGUCUACCACUUUGUCAUGGAUCUGUUGCCAGAAGGGGGCUAUCCGAGGGCAAGACCACCACAGGUGUAAUGCCGUCCCUUCGGCGAUGUCACAUCUCCAACACUUGUUGUCGGGGGUGACCCCCAUGGCAUGGAGUCGUGCGGGGGUCCGGUACCAGUGCGUCAAUAGUUUAUAAUUAAGUUCCUGCAUUUUAGAACUAAGUAUCCCCUGGUGGGACAGGACGUGUAUUUGCUCCCAUUGUGGUUCCGUUAAGGUGACACCUGUGGCUUGUUCCCACUUUGAGUGGAAGUGUGCCGGGGGACCCGCAUCGGCACCCAGGAGCAUGGCAUAUAGGGUCGAUAUCCCGCGUGUCGGGUGCGAUCCCCCUUCACAUAGCGUUUCAAAGUGUGUGAGGUCUCGGUGGAUCAGGUGUUUCCCCUGAAGUGUGGCAUAGUACCGGCGUAUCUGGUGGUACCUAAAUCGUAAGAUCCCUGUCUCCCUACUCUGGCCCAGCAUGUCUUCCAGCGGCCUUAGGGCUUUAUUAGCACACCAUGCCCGAAGGUAUUGUUUCGUCCCCUCCCCCAGUCCCUCCAUAUCCCCCUGUGUCAGGCCUCCUGCCAGGUCUGGGUUGUGUAUCACAGGUGUCAGGGGGGCCGGGUUCGUGGUGAGCUGCAGCUUGAAUCGGAUGGUUGUCCAUGUUCUCAGUGUCGCGCCUAUGAAUGGGUGGUUCCGCAGGAAACCAUCGCAUGUCGGGUUUUGUAUCCAUACCAUCGAUGGAAUACGCCCCCUGGCCUGAAGCCGCUCCAUAUGGACCCAUUGUUUGUCCGAGUCCAGGACAUGCCAUUCUAUAAUUCGUAAGAGGUGUGUCGCCUGGUAGUAACCGAGUAGGGACGGUAGGGCUGUUCCACCCCGAUGUCUCGGGAGUAUCAGUUGUGUCUUUCUUACCCUCGGCGGUCCCUUCGCCCAGACGAAUCGCAGUAUAGCCGAGCCCAAGGUGUUGAAGUAUGUUCGCGGGAUCGUGAUCGGAAUGGCCUGGAAAAGAUACAGCAAGCGUGGCAACAGAUUCAUCUUUAUUGUGUUGAUCCUCCCAAACCACGACACGCAUAGGCGUCCCCAUCUGAGCAAGUCCGCACGGAGCGUUUGGAGAAUAGGGAGAAAGUUUUCUUGAUAGAGUUUCGUCAGGUCUCUAGUUAACCAGAUCCCGAGAUAUUUUAUGCGCUGGUGGCACCAUUUAAAGGGGAACUCUCCUGUCAGCCGUUCGACCAACUCGGGGGGUAUAGAGAUGGGGAGGGCCUCUGACUUGUCCGCGUUCAAUUUGAAGUUAGAGAUCCGUCCGAACCGCUCAAAGGCCGCCAACAGGUUGGGCAAGGUGAUCAAGGGGUUGCUCACGAAGAAAAGGAGGUCGUCCGCGUAGGCCGCCACCUUGUGCGUGCCGUCCCCCAGGGUGACCCCCGCAAUGCCCCCGUCCCGUCUGACCGCCUCAAGAAAUGGCUCCAGAGAGAGGGCAAACAGGAGGGGGGAAAGCGGACAUCCCUGGCGCGUCCCGUUACGUAUCCGAAUCGGUGUGGACAGGACCCCAUUAAUGCGUAGUUGAGCAGUCGGUUCCGCAUAUAGCGCGGAGAUCCACUGCAGUAUAUUCGGUCCGAACCCCAUUGCCUUGAGCGUUUCAAGGAGGUAUCGCCAGUCCACCCGGUCGAAGGCCUUCUCCGCGUCAGUGGAGAGGAGCAGGCCCCCGACCGGCGAGCUCCGUUGCAUGUGCAUGAUGUUUAGCGCUCUGAUUGUAUUAUCUUUGGCUUCUCGACCGGGUAUGAAUCCGGUCUGGUCCGGGUGGAUCAAGGAUGGGACUAUGCGGCCCACGCGCGCCGCCAGGACCUUCGUAAACAGCUUGAGGUCUGCGUUUAGUAGAGAAAUGGGUCUGUAGCUCGCACAGGCCGCUGGGUCUCUACCCUCUUUCGGGAUAACCGCGAUCGUUGCCAGUAGGGUGUCCCCCGGUAGGCGUGCCCCCUCAAGGAGAGAGUUCAUGCCCGCCAGCAAUUCUGGUAGGAGGACAUCCCUGAAGGCCUUGAGGUAUCUGGCGGGGAGGCCGUCCGGUCCCGGGGCUUUGUUAAGUUGUGUGUUCUUCAGGGCUGCCGUCAGUUCCUCGAUCGUAAUGAGGGCAUCAAGGUCUUCCCUUUGUUCUUGCGUGAGAGUCCGGUGUACGUGGUUUUCCAGGUACUCCCUCGUCAGUCUCGCCGUCCAUUCCCGGCCCGCGCUUGUCUCAUCUUUCUGGAUAUCGUAUAGGCCGGUGUAGAAGUUCCGGAAUUCCUCGACUAUUUUGUCCGGUACCUGCGUGAGGGCGCCGCUCUUUGUCCGCAGCUUAGUGAUCUGGUUCACGCGGCGUUGUUGUCUCAGCAUUCUGGCUACGACCGCAUUUGUUGGAGUGUUCAUAGUAAUAGCGAUGGGCUUUUUUCAUCGUAUAGGCGAGGUUUUUCGUGAGCAGAUGUUGUAGGUCUCGGCGGGCCUCUCGGAGCGCAUGGUACGCCUCUUCUGUCGGUGCGGCUUUGUGGUCUUGUUCUAAGCUGGCGACUUUCGUAUAUAGCUCUUGUAGCUGCCUACUGUGUUCUUUCUUCCGCGUUGUACAUACCUUGAUGAAAUGUCCCCGAAUGACGCACUUAUGGGCCUCCCACCGAAUCAUUGGGGAGGUGUCAGACGGAUCAUUCUCAUUGAAGUAAUGACGGAGCGCUGUCGUAGCGUCCGCUAUGGUGACCGGGUCGCUAAGUAGUUGUUCAUUCAGUUUCCAUUGGCGUCUUGUGGGUUUAUGCAGUGGCGAGGUCAGCUGGGCCAGUACCGGUGAGUGGUCCGACCAUGCGUCCAGUAGGAUUUCACAUUUUUGUAAUAGAUUCAGGUAUUCUUGUGCAAUAAAGACAUAGUCUAAGCGGCUGUAGCCGCGGUGCACCGGGGAGAAGUAUGUGAAAUCCUUGGCCUCUGGGUGCAUGACUCUCCAGCAAUCCGCAAGGCCCGCCGUUCUGAGUGCCAAUUGUGCCGCUUUGAUGCUUGCGUCCGGCAGCGAGCAGCGUCCCCGGGAGGUGUCCGUCCGCGGAUCCAAUGGUAUGUUGAGGUCCCCGGUUAGAAUUAGGAGCCCCUCCCUGAAGUGUUCCAGCGAUUUUAGGGUUCUGGUGAGAAAACUGUGUUGUCGGGUGUUGGGCGCAUAUAUGGAGGCAAAGGUGUAGCGCCUGUCUGCAACGGAGCCCUUGAGGAAGAUGUAGCGUCCCAGUGGGUCGGCCUUGACCUCCGCACACACAAAGGGGACAUGCGCGGCGAAGAGAAUGGCCACUCCUGCCUUCUUGGCUUCCCUAUGGUUAGCAAAAUAUCCAGUGGGGAACCGUCGGUCUCGGAGGGCCGGUCGUCUGUCCGCGGAAGUGUGUCUCCUGGAUGAAGGCCACAGAGAUUCUAUUGGACCAAAGUGCCCGUAGUAAAUGUGAUCUCCGUUCUGGCAGGUUCAGGCCCCGGACGUUGUUGGACCAGAUGCGCAGAGGCGCCGGGGCGAACCCCUCUCAGCCCCGGGAGGUCAUGAGAGCUGGUGCCGCCGCGCAGGGGUGGGCGGCGAGGUGUCAGGGGCAGGAGAAAAGAGAAAAAGAAGGAGGGAGAGAGAGAAAAAAAAAAAGGGGAAAAAGACGUGGUCGUAGAUAGAGGGUCGUCAGUAGACCUGUUAUAGAAUAACAGAGUUAAACAAGGUGAGAACUAUGUACAGUGUCAGACUCAGCUGUCUAGGUCGGUGAGUCAGUAAGGGGUGGACUGUCCCACGUAAAUAUGUCCCCCCUUGUCGCUCCCCCCUAGUGUGUUAUACAGUGUGUCUGUGGGUACGUGAGCGUCCGUAGGCGCAGGACUGUGAAGGUGGGUCUAAGAGUCGUCACUGUCAGCUCCCCCUUAGCCCGUGCUGUCCCGCAGUAGUCCUCCUCUUUCCGGAGGCUAUACCUCGGUGCCUGGUCAUGCCCCUGUCCCAUCCCCCAGGUGGACCCCCCCCCCAGGGUGGCAGUGCAAGUGAUCUCCGCGUAUCGCGGCUGCCGUUUCCAGCGUACCCUGGCCGCCCAGCUACUCAAGCAGACCCUAUGCCCCUCUCGCCUCUGGCAGGUUUUACUCGUUGGGCAUCCCGCCCACCCCCCCCCCAUCCCUGUGACCCCAGGCCACCGCUCCGGUGCGGGCUAAAGGCCCUUCUCCCCCUGUCUCUUUGCUUUCCUUCCCCGUCUCGCCCCUGGCUCGGGGUGUGUGCUCUAUGGGCCGGUGUUGAGUGGGCUCGGUAGUGCAGGGGCCAUUCCUCCUCUCCUCCCCGUGGAGGACAUUUACUCGUCUCCCUCACGUCUCGCAUGGGUGCAGUGGGGAGCUGCGGGGCUUCCCGCCUCCCCUCCAACCCAGCAUGGGGGGGCAGGUUGCUAAGUGUCCCGAGAGAAAUGCAGGUCCGCUCCGUGCUCUCCCCUCCCCCCACCUCGUAGCCAUCAGUCCCCCAGGACCUUGCCCAUGUCCUCCCCCACUUCCAGGGUGCAGUCCCCGAUUCCCUCCCCCAAUGCCCUCCCAAAGCCCAGUGAGCCCCCUACGACUCCUUGAGCCUAAACUUUACCAGUGUAGCAAGUCCAGGGGCAAUAUGGCGGGCCAGUCCCAACUCCAGAAGCGGCAUUCCGGGCCCCGGCAGGGGAAGAAGCGACAUCCCAUGUCCAUGAACUCCCUUUCAGGUCGGGGUGAGCCGCGACUUGUGAGGUGCCUACGCCUCCCACCCCACCUGGCUAACCUACUCCCUCUAUGGGCAGGCGCAGACCCGUAUCCCGGCUCCCCCCCAGUACCUUGCGGCCCGGCUGAAGCCAGGCCGCGAGUGCUCCUCUCCUCACUCCUCCACGCCUCUCGGGCCUCCCAGCAUCCUCUGGGCCCGCUCCCUUCUCCUCGGGGGCGACGGUGGGCGCCCGUCCUCCGCCACUUCGUGCAGCUGUGCGAGCGGGGUCUCCAGAAGCCAAUUCCUGAUGCGGAUAGGUGGUAGGCGCAAGGCUCUUAAGGCUCGGGGCACAUCUUCUGGCCAGCGCACUUGGAUCCAGGCAUUCCCCUGCCUAAUCUGGAGGCUGAAGGGGAAUCCCCACCGGUAGGCUAUUCCCUUCUCCCGCAGGGUCGUCGUUAAGGGCCUGAGAGCUUGUCUGGCGUCCAGGGUGAGGCCGGACAGGUCUUGGUAUAGGGCCACGCUUGCUCCCCGGAAGGGUAUAUCCGCCAUUCCUCGGGCAGCUGUCAUGAGGCGUUCCUUAAGGCUGUAGUCAUGGAGGCAGCACAGGACGUCUCGUGGCCUGCCAUCAGGCCUCUGCGGCCCCAGGGACCUAUGUGCCCGGUCCAGCUUGAUCACCGCCGGGCAUUCCUCUCCAAGAAUCUGCCGGAAAAGGGCCUGCAGCGUGUCUUGUAGUGGCGCUGUGUCCGGUUCGGGUAGCCCCCGAAUCCGGAUAUUUUGGCGUCUGCUGCGGUUCUCUAAAUCUUCAACUUGGCGCCGAAGGGAGAGGAGCAUGUUCCCCUGGCGCGUGGUAGCGAGUUCAGCCGCUUGGUGCUGCGCGCGGCUCGCUUGGGCCUCCGUUUCCAGUGCCUCCACUCUUACUUCCACUGAUGAAAGAUCCUUCCUCAGGGCUGCAACUUCCUCUUUGACGGCUGCCCGAAGUUCUCUCAGUAGCCCCCCUGUAUCUGCCUUGGUGAGCAUCUGUGCGGAGAUCAUUGCCAGCUCCUGUUUAAUCAGAGCGAGUGUGUCAUCCUGCGUGCCGUCCAGGGUGGGCUCUCCCGCGCUUUCACUGCCUGGGGAGCCGGGCGCCAUGUUGUCAGGCGGUCGGCUGCAGCUUAGUGUGCUCGGAGUGCACACGAACUCAUCAAGCGUCCCGGUCGGGCGGUGCGGGGUACCCCCCAGGGUGUGGGGCUUCUUGUUCCGGACCAUGUUUGUCGGGGUAAGUGCCGGUUUUCGCGUGUUUUAGGGGCCAGGGGGAGCGGAGCUCAGGAAUUAGGCGUCCUGUCGCAUGCUCGGCUCGGCCACGCCCCUCAUCAGCCUUUUUUUUAUUUUAUUUUUUAUAAUUCUUUAUUUUGAUCGUGCAUAGAAGAACAUAUAUUGUAGCAUAGCCACAACAGCUUGUGCUGUAGAUCGAUAUAACAUUCAUUCAAUAACAUUUUUAUGGCCUGUCAUGUCUUGCACAUUUUCAUGUUUUAGUCGCAUCAUGGUAAGUGGUACCUUACAGCUAGGGGUACGUGCCCAGUGUAGUGGUGAGGGCUUGUAAUCCUUGUUAUGUACGUUGGCCAGGUAUAGCCUUUAUGUGGUAUAUGUUUUGCCGUGGCGGUAGGCCCUUGUCCGGCUCGUAGGGUGUGUAUGAAACUUUCCGGGCCGUACAUUGUUAUAUGUGGUGUUCGGGAGGCAGGUUCCCUAUACGAGAAGGUCCUGUCAUGCUAUGUCUCGUUGUGUGUGUUACGCCUGGCUGUGUCAGGUUUUGUCGUGCGCUCUUCGCUGCGAUCCUGUCAGGUGGGGGGGAGGUGAGUCAUGGCCUAUAGGCCAUCCAGUCAGAAGAGGUAUGAGUGUAGUGUCUUGUCCAGUCGGCAACUAUACAUAAGUAAACUAACGGUGAAAAACUAUCAAAGUAAAGAGAAAACAUAUGGGUUAGCAAAGUGUCCUUAGUGGGACGUGACUGCUUCAGGUUGCUGUAGCCUCAGAUUGGUCCCGGUUCGCUCUGCGGGUUGCACCCGGUCAGGAUUCCACUGGUGAGUCAAAGCAGUCCCGUUCUGGUUCGCCGUGGGUUGGAGAGAGUCUUUAGGCAGGCCCAGGGUGUGUAGCAAAGCUGCUGCGUUUUCGAUGGAGCUCACUGUGUAUUUGAUCUCACCCUUCUGGAGCCAUAUAGCUCGGGUCUUCAGCCAUUUGUAAGGUAUUUCUUGCUGUUGUAGCAGCAUGGUAAAUGGCCUGAGUGACCGUCGCCAGGCGAGUGUACUUCCAGUCAGGUCGUCAUAAAACGAGAGAUUCAUCGUCUCGAACUUAUAAGGGGAGCACUCCCUGGUCGCCGCUGCAACCGCCAUCUAAUCUUUGUGGUGCUGGAAUCGUGUGAUAAGGUCUCGGGAUGCCGCGGCAGGUGCCUUCGCUGGUUUCGGGGCUCGAAAGAAGCCGUCCAGCUGCGCUGUUUUGGCUUGUCGCGGCGGUAGCAGUGCCGUUUAUAGACGCCUCAGCAUGUGUGGGAGCUCCGCGACCGGUAUAUCUUCCGGGAUGCCUUGAAUUUUCAAGUUCCUGGCCCGCCUUGCAUCCUCAAUUGCUGCGAACUGGCGCUCAUGCCUUUCAUUUUGGCUUUUGAGGCCUUGUACCUCUCGCUGUAAUGCAGCUAUCUGGGAUGUGUGGUCAGUGGUCAUUGUCUCCAGGGUUCCGAUUCUCCCUGUUAAGCUGUGGAUGUCGGCCCGGAGGGAAGCAACGUCCGUUUGGAGAGUCCGUUGGAGAAUGGCUAGCAGAGACUUUAGUACCACUGUUGUCACCGGUGAGGUGUCCACUUCCCGGGCAGCCGGCCUCGGCGUUGCCAUCGGAGGUAAGUCUGGUGCUUCCUCUCCGGAGGAGAAAUCAUCUGACUGUUCAAAAAAGGUCUCUGGGUAGGCGGCCAUUUUGGGCCCGGGCACCUCCUACGUUUGUCGCAAGAUGUUGGGGCCCUGUCUCGGUUUAUCCGGUUUGGGCUUCUUCGUUAUGCCCCAUUUUGACGGCCAGGUGCCGGACGAUCUUGUAAGCUGUAAAUUUGCCGGCUUGGAGGUGGCAAACGGGUAAAUUUGAUAAGCUUUUGGCUGAGACAGCAGGAGCCCAUGUGCCAUGCGACUUUCCAGCUCGGCUGUUAAACUCCGCCCCCUCUAUCAGCAGGUUUAGAACUGUCAAAUGGAAUGCAGUCAGGGUGGUGUCCCUUUUUAAUAGUAUUUUACUUGCAAAAUGGAAACAAAAAAACUGAUAUUUGUGAAUUUCUGAUGUGCCUUGUAGGUAGGCGCAUCAUAUAUUUAAAAUUUGUAAUGCAUAACUAGACUAUAAUAAAUCACAAAACAGCAAUUUGGUGUAUAAUUAAUUUAUUAAUAGUAUCUUGUUUCCUCAUUAAAUCAUUCAUCUCAGAAAUGCUGACAGGAUAAACUAUUUAAUAUUAUCAGGGUUAGUCAAUCAAGUAAGAGAAAUUUAGAAGUCGGCUGUUUUGGUCUAAGCUUUUAAAUGCUCUAUAAAUUUCCGGCAAUUCUCACUUUAGUGAAUAAUCUGUAUUUGUAGUCGGAAACAUAAUAAAGCCAUGAUGAACCCUGGGUAGAAGGGGGAUGCACUCAAGGAAGGAACACGAAUGCUACAAUUUCCAGAUUUACGGGCCAAAUACAAUCUCCCUGCCAAAGCAGUGUUAUCAUAUCUCCAACUAACAGCCAUGUUUCUAUCUAAGAUAGCACACACCAUGCUCAGUUUCCCGGCAAUAGGACAAACUUUUGUCGCUGUGGGUUCUCCUGUGUCCACUGAUGACAGAGCUGCAGAAGUCGAUUCCGCCGGCCAUUCACUGGCUGAGAGCAUCAGCUGACUGCUCUCAUAGGAUUAUGCACAGAAUUGACAUUAGCCAGCCUGGAAUUCAAGUUCAGGACUGGCUAAUGAUGCUGCUCGAGGUGUAGAUUACACCUCACAGACAGACGCUAGGCACCAUCACCACUUCUAAUCACUGAGGUGGUCAUGGUUUUUGCAGUAACCUUUUACUGUCCUUUGAAGGUGAAACCCACUCAGCUUUUUGUAAAUACUGUGCAAAACACACCAAAAGUACACCAUUCUACUAUUUUAAAUAGUUUUAAUUUCCCUUACUGGUCAAAGUGCCAAAGGGACAUCCAGAAAAAUGAAUGAGUUACCUUCUGCCUCCUAAAUAAAUAUACAUUUGUUUGGUUUUACAAAAAUAUAAAACAGACUGUGUUUUUUUUUUUUUUUCUACACAAGAUAACUAGAAUAUUGUGUACAUAAGGCUGUUUGUCAAAUACUUCAUUACCUUUUGGAAAACGUGAAACUUGACAGUUCAGUACACAAAAUCAUUGCCUGAUACAUAAAUAGAAUAGUUAUAAAUACACAUCGCUUUCCUUUUUUUUUUUUUUUUUUUUAAUUUCUCUCUCCUUUUGAAAGAAAAACAGCAUGUCUACCUUUUAGUAUAUAUGAACUGUUUAGCUGCUGCAGCUUGCUUUAGACUAGUUGCAAUAUUCAAACUCCGAGCCAGCUGAUCACAGCACCAGUCUAUGCUAUUUAAAUAAGUAUAUUUUAUGAGCACGUAAAUACAGGAUUAUUUGUUAACUGGUUGUAAAUACAUUGGCGUUCACGUGUGCAAAUGCACGUCCGAAAACACAAAGUUUAAAUAAACAAACAUACAGUACAGGGACUUACCCGUCUGGCUGUUUUGUGAGCAUAAUAAGAAAAUUUACUUUUUGUAUAUGUGUCGCAAUCAGGAAAUAAUUACAACACAGUGUUUCUGAGUUUGCUAUUUUUAUUCUUUUAGACUUUGACCAUGUCCCGCUGUUUUGUUUUGUUUUUUCAAAUGUUUUGGGAGAUCUCCCUUUCCUCGACCGUAUUAGUAAUGUAAAAUGUGCGCGUCUAAAUUACUAGUGUCAGUUUGUCCAAUGUGGAUGGUGGUUGUUCGGUGAGAAUGCUGGCUCUUGGGGUUACGGUGAUUAAAUGUGUUUUGUGCACAUUGUAUACGUUAUUAUGCAUUCCAAGUCAUCAGGAGGAAGAAAAUGUUUCCCAUAGUUUUCAUUUAUCAUAUCUUAUAUUUUUAUCUUUAUCUUCAUAUUUUUUUUUCUUAUGCCCCAAGUAAAAUCAGUGGGGCCAUUAUUAAUUAAAUUCUAUAGCAUUGAGCAGCAUUGAUGUGCCAGGUUUAUGUGUCUCUAAAAAAAAUUGCAGCUGUAAUGCAAAAAUAAUUUGUAAUGGCAAAGGGAUACUAAAUUUAAAGGAACACUAUAGGGUCAGGAAUACAAAGGUGUAUUUCUGAUCCUAUAGUGUUAAAAACACUAUUUAGGUGUCCCCCCUUAAAUAGGAUAAAAACGCACCUUUAUUCCAACCCUUACGACUCACCUCCUUGGCUGAGAUCAUCAGAAUUAACAAUCUCAGCCAAUCCAAUGCAGGGGCCAAACACUACGCUGGCCAAUUAGCAUCUCCUCAUAGCGAUACAUUGAAUCAGUGCAUCUCUAUGAGGAUUGUUCAGUGCAUGGAGACACUGAAUGUCCCCCAGGAAGCACCUCUAGUGGCUGUCCGAGUGACAGCCACUAUAGGUGUUAUAAGGCAGUAAUGUGAAUACUGUCUUUUCUCUGAACAGGUAGUGUUUACAUGAAAAUGCCUGCAGGGAAUUAGGCUGCAGUUGUUCUGUUAACUAUAGUGUCCCUUUAAAAUUUUAAUAAAAAUAUUUGUUGUAUUUAAAAAAGUAUAUUUUUUAAUGUAAUUUAUUAAAACAUAGUUUGUUCAUUAAUUCUCGUGCUGCAAAAUUAUUGUAAAUCCUUCCAUAAUUAGGCAGGAUUUAUUCUUCCCUUUAUUUAUUUUUUUCUUCCUUACGUUUGCAGUUUUAUGGGUUGUUCUAAGUGUAGACUAAUCUCACCUAUUUUAAAGUACGGUCUGCAUUUAUUGUAAUUUGGGUGGGGGCAGGGUGUGGGCAAGGUUUGUUGUUUUCAUAGCGCUAUUAUAAUUUUCAAGUCAACAUCAAAAGUCUUGCUAAUCGUGUUUUUACCAAAGGGGAACUUUUUAUUCUGUAUGUAAAAAUACGAAUAUACAUAAAUACCUGCAAAAGACAAAAUUACUUAAAAACAGAUAAAAUUUACCAGUUAUACCAAAAGUCUAUUAAAUGACUGUAUAUCGUGUACCAAAAUAUAGUAGGAUGACUGCAAACAAUGCAUAGGCACAUUGCUGCCUAUAAUCUUGGUGCAAAUUAGAAUCCAAUAUAUUUUAGUGUCGGUUACCUUUGGCACAGUUUAAUUAAGAAAUAAUGUACACCAGACAACUGACUGAAUCAGGGUUUUUUUGUUGUGUUUUUUUUUUUUUUUUUAAUCAAUGGAGAAAACAUAAAUAAUUUAUAAUAAAACUUAAAAUGUGUGACUAUACGUUUGGAACUUAAAGGGACACUAUAAGUACCCAGACCACUUCAGCUCAUUGAAGCGAUCUGGGUAAGCAGGUAAUUACUGCAGUUUUUUGAUAAAUUACCUGCUAGUGUCUACCAAUACCACAUUAGAGGGACUUUUGGGCUGUUCCAACUGAUGCUGGACAUCUUCCUGCUAUGCAUGUGGAUGUCCAGUGUCGCUCCCCAUAGGCCAUUGCUGCACAUGCACAUUAGGUCUAUCCUCUGUCUGAUGUCAGCAGGGAAGGCGGACUCGAGCCAGCGGCGAGGGACAUCAGCGCUGGACUCGGGUAAAUGACAGAAGGGGUUCUUGACAGAGGAGGAAGCUAUAGUGCUGGGUAAAUUAGUUUGUUUUCCUGGCAUUAUAGUUUCCCUUUAAGGGGGGGGGGACUAGUUUGCCAAUGUGAUACAAAGAGAGGGAUUUGUAAGACAUGAGAGAGAGUGGCUGGGAAGAGUAGGAAGUACAGGGAUUAGAAGAAAGAAAAUGAAUGUAGGGAAGUUGAGGGCCAAUUAAGUAGUGGAGGACCAUGUUAAAUAGUUUCAGACUUUAGCGGUGGCCUGACGAUGUGAUUUGUGCGAUUAAUUGGUAUUACUCUAAUAAAACUGACAAGAUCUCCAAACAUUUAUAUUUGUCAGAGUGGCCUUUCAGAGCUGCGGUGCACACUUCCAGUUGGUGGAUCUCCUCCACGCAGCCCAACCAGCUCUGAUGGGAAGGUGGGCUCCGCUGCAACCAAAGGGAGGGGACAAGUGAUUUGGUGGCUGUCGGCAAAUGAUUAGACCGCGUUUUCCUAUGUUUAAUAGGUAAUUUAGUGUGGCUCGGGAGCAUGUCAGCAGGGUAGAAUUCCACUGCCUCACCUGCAGCUGUAGUCUUAAUAUCAUACACCUUCCUCCCAGAAGAUGUGCAGGUUUUGAUCCAACCUCCCCUGGCAUCUCCAGCAUUGGUCUAUUGCCCCUAGGAAGAACCUGUGCAAAUAUACCCAUUUCUUACUAUUUUAUAAUUAAAGGGACAUUGUAGUCACCAGAACAACUACAGCUUAUUGUAGCGAUUUUGGUGAGUGCAGUCAGUCCCUGCGGGCAUUCUAACGUAAACACUGCUUUUUCAGAGGAACGAUUUAAUGGAUCUCUUUGAGGAGAUGCAGAAUGGCCAAGGCAGCGUGUGGCUCAGCCCCCGGCAUGCCUCAUUGGCUGAGAUCAUCAGAACCGACUAUCUCGGCCAAUCCAAUGCUUUCCUGUGGGAUCAUGCCUGUUUUCCAGAACUUGGCUUUUUUCAUGCUCUGACACAGUUAUUUUUUUUUCUUCUGGCUUCUCUGACAUCAUCAAGCAUUAUGAUCUCAGCCUUGUCAGAUGCUUCUCGUAGAAUCACUGAGCACAUGCGCGGCAGUUGCCAUGACCUGCAUUGUUUUUGGUAGAUUGCUCUCGUUGUAAGGCAAAUGAACCAGGAAGAGAAGGGCAGGUUAUGUGCAAAUUCCCUUGCAUCAUAACCUAAGGUAGCAACCUACGUUGAUGUGGAGCUUAGUACGCUCUUCCAUUGUGUUUCCUUUUAAUGUAUGGUGUGUUGUGAAAACAUAGACACUAUUUAUUUAAUGUCACGGGCAACACUACAAGGAACUGCUCAUUUUUCAGUUUUUUCCUGCUUCAGCAUUUGAUGUCAGAGGUCAGCGUGCACUGAAGCUACGCCUACGGUUUGAAAAAGCUUUGCAAUGUAACUAACUUCUUCACUACGGAGUUUCUUUUUGUUUAACAACAUGGGAAGCAUUGUGAACCCAAAUUUGAGACAAAACAGUAGUUUUGCUUAUGAGGAUAAUAUAUUAAUGUUCAAGAUUUCUUAACAAUAAAAUUGUGUACGAUUUAGAGCAGGGGUCCUCAAACUUUUUAAACAGGGGGCCAGUUCAUGGUCCUUCAGACACUGUUGGGGGCCGGACUAUAAAAAAAAUAUAUGAAUGAAUUCCUAUGCACACUGCACACACAUAAGGACAUAACUAAACAAUAUAUAUAUAUAUAUAUAUAUAUAUAUAUAUAUAUAUAUAUAUAUAUAUAUAUAUAUAUAUAUAUAUAUAUAUAUAUAUAUACACACAAACACACACAUACUGACAUACAUACACACAUACAUACUGACAUAUACAUACUGACAGUCAGGACCCCCAAUUUAGAGCAUUGUAAUUUAUGCUUUAUAGACUUUUUGGGGGUGCGAAUGCAAAAAAUUAGUGAUCAUACAAUCUUCGUGACUUGUCAUGCCAUGCAGAUACUUUCUGAAGCAUGCAUUAGAUGUGACAAACAUAAAUGUUCAAAUACCACUCUAUCUUCAUAAAGGUUGCAUACGUGAAAGUACCACACCCCACGAGAAAUCAGCACUUUUAAAAUUAACUGUGGAACUCCCCCCAUGGCUGUCAAUCAAACAGUCAGGGAGGAUUCCUUCUUACUUACAUUUGCUCCCCUGAGCUAAUGGAAGUGGCAGGCUCUACUUCAGUGUGCCUGCCUCUUUCUCUCUCACAGACCUCAGACCAGCUCCUCUGCUCCAGACGUGCCCAUGCGUGCAUGUGAGCACCAAUUCAGAGGCUUCUUAAUGAAAAGCCUCUGAUUGUUAUUUCCCUGUGACAAAACUGAAAGUCUCUUCCGAGGAAAAAAUGGCAAACGGCCCACGAUGAGCGUGUGCUAAUGCAAAUGACGUGUGUGCUUUAGACCUCCCCAUAGGAAAGCAUUGAAUCAAUGCUUUCCUAUGGCGAACAAUCUGAUGCUUGAUGUCCUCAUGCAGAGCGUGAGGAUGUCCAGCGUCCGAUGCCGGACCAAAGGUCCGUUAUAAAGCAGGAAGCACCUCCAGUGGCUGUCUGGGAGACAGACCUUUUGCUGCAAUAUAAACAUUGCAGUUUCUCUGAAAAUGCAAUGUUUAACAUUGCAGCACUAAGUGCAAACGGGACAUUGCACCAAGACUAAUUCAGGUAGCUAUAGUGGUCUGGGUGCCUAUAGUGUCCCUUUAAAUACAAAGUGAAGAGAGCUUCAUUGUAUCUAUAUAUUUAUUUUGUAUUGGAAUAGAAAAAAAAAUUACGUCUAUACACCUAAUUGCAGACAUGUCAACUUUACCAGUUCUGCGAUUUGGAGGCGGAAGGGGAAGUAGCUUCACCUGAGAUUAGCCCUUCUUUAAACGGGGAUGUGUACAACUGUUUGCCUAUAAUGUGAGUGAUUCUUGUAUGGUCUGACUUGCCCUAAAGUUAACCCUAACACAUUACAAACUGCUUUGUAUGUGCAAUCAUACUGACCUUUUCCUUAUUCCAUCUGAUGCUGUCUGACAGAGGCGUUCUGUCGUGUGAUAGAAAGUAAACAUUCCAUGUCAUGUCAUGUGAUUUGAGAAGUGUUGUUGAUUGUGAGAUUAUAUUUGGGGGGAAAAAAGUAUUUUAAAACACGACACAUUAGGAAGCAAAAAACCCUGCACUGAAUUGUACAAAACGCAAAACAAAUACCCGAAUCCCAGAGAAUCUGACAAAUCUGCCUGAUACGGACUUCAGUAUCUCUACACCUAUGUCAGAUGUUAAGAGAACGCCAGGCAGUAGGAAGCCCAAACAUGUUCACGUUCUCGAACAAGCAGAGCAUCCAAGCAGCUUUUUAUGGAUUGGCAUCCCCAGAGGCAAUCUGACAUAGACACCUACAGAGAAACAAUGAAGGUCCAGGCACUCCAAGCGGGCAUAUUUAUUAUGAAUACAGUGUUACUAGCAGCAACGUUUCGACCCAAAUGUGUCUUUCUCAAGUUAGUUUGAGAAAGACGCAUUUGGAUCAAAACGUUGCUGCUGGUAACACUUUAUUAAAUUAUAAUAAUAAAUAUACCUUUUUGAGCAUUGGAGUGCCUGGGCCGCCUUCUUUUCUCUACUGGUAUCCUGUUUGGGGUAUUGUUGUUGCUCCGUUGAAUAAGUGCAGUUCCUGCUAUUUUUCUAAUGUGGUAUAAUGGAGACCUAUGUCUGAAAUCAGAGUGUGGCUUGUCUCACAAACAUCCCCCCUCCCAGUAACCAGUCUGCUGGAGAGAGAAAUGGAGAAAGACGCUCACCUCAGUUUCUCCUUCCCAAUGCUGACAUGUUUUUACUUCAUCCUGGAAUGCCAGUAGCUUUAGCAACUUUGCCUGAGAUAACAAAACGGGAAGUGUUAGACACCUGUACAAGAGUUCAGAAAAAUGCCCUUGUUGUAUCAACUGCUGUUUGACAUCACUGAAUGGAAAUGGCAGUGGCAAGGCAUCCAGAACUGAAUGAAUGAUGAAUGUAUCUCUACCCCCCCCCCCCCCCUUUUUUUUUGUUUUUUGCUUUUUGUUUUUUGCCAUUUCCAGAUUGUGUAAGUAAGGCAGAGCGUUCCCUACUUUGUCUGCCCAUUGGAGUGGUCUGGGUGCCAACUCCCACUACCCUUAACCCUGCAAGUGUAAUUAUUGCAGUUUUUUUAUAAACUGUAAUAAUUACCUUGCAGGGUUAACUCCUCUUCUAGUGGCUGUCUACUAGACAGCCACUAGAGGGCACUUCCGUGUCCCUAGCACAGAUUUCCUGUGCUAGAGUGUCGCUGGACGUCCUCGCGCUGUGUGAGGACCUCCAACGUAGCUCAAUUCCCCAUAGGAAAGCAUUGCAAAGCAUUUUCAAUGCUUUCCUAUGGGGAGCUCUAAUGCGCAUGCGCAGCAUUGCCGUGCAUGCGCAUUAGAUCUCGCCCACCGGUCGACGUAAUGCAGAGGAGGAGCAGCAGCGAACUGACAUCAUCGCCGAGGGACAUCGGCGGGGGUCUCAGGUAAGUGACUGAAGGAGUUUUCACCCCUUCAGCAACCGGGGAUUGGGAGGUGGGAGGGAGAGGGGACCUGCAGUGCCAGGAAAACGGAUUGUUUUCCUGGCACUGGAGAGUCCCUUUAAAAUAAAUUUUUUAUUCAGUGGCAUUUCUUGUAGAGAAGUAUUGCUUUUAGUUUUUCUCCAUGAGAAGCAUUGAAUUGGUCGAGUGCAUACAUUUUUUUCACUUAUGACCCCAAUGCUUCUAUAUUUGGACAAACAUCAUCAGAAUUGAUGGCUUCAUUAGAGGCGUUGCAGCAAUUGUGAGGAGAAUCGACCUAUCUAAACAAUAGUGAUUGUUCAUGUUAUUUCAAGACAAGAAAAAAAAUCACAAGUGACCGGUCUGCAUAAAUGCUGAGUGUUAGAAGCAUGCAAACGUAUUAAUGUGUAUAUAUAUGUCUGCUAUGCACUUUAAUGGAACAGUAUAGGGUCAGGAUCACAAACUUCUACUCAUGACCCUAUAGUGUUACAACCACCAUCUGGCCCCCUAAAUCUAUAGUAAAAUCUUACUUUUGUCAAGUCUGCAGCUGCCAGCUCUGCCCCUGAUCUGCCUGCUUGGCUGACAUCAUAAGAAGUGAUUCUCUGAGCCAAUCACAAUGCUUUCCCAUAGGAUUGACUGAGACUGUCAAGGAUGCAGAUCAGGGGCAGAGCCAGCACAAGUCAAACACAGCCCUGGCCAGUCAGCAUCUCCUCAUAGAGAUCCAUUGAAUCAAUGCAACUCUGUGAGUAAAGUUCAGUGUCUCCAUGCAGAGGGUGGAGACACUGAAGAUCAGUCACACUAUGCAGCACUGCCCCAGGAAGCACCUCUAGUAGCCAUCUGAGGAGUGGCUGUAAUGUAAACACUGCCUUUUCUCUGAAAACGCAGUGUUUACAGCAAAAGGCCUGAAGGGAACGAUUCUACUCACCAGAUCAAAUACAAUAAGCUGUAGUUGUUUUUGUGAUUAUAGUAUCCCUUUAAGCUUUGCUGUGCAAUAAAGAGUAAUGAGGGCAAUUCAUGCACAUUUCUAAAUUCUAAAAUGAAAUAUUCGAUUAGUAAAGGUCCGUGUGAUCGGUGAUUUUUGACAUGCAGGGUGUUUCUUAUAUGUUAGUAGAAAGCAUUUAUGUGCAAGAAACCAGGGUGUCUGCUGCAUACAGUCAAACCCAUGGUCAAACAGAAACCCUAUUGUAUGCUUUAGGGACGGAAUUAUGCUGAAGGCACAGCUGUGUCACUGAGCGCCACUGAUCAUCUAUCAUGGCUUCUUUAAAGGGACCUUGUCUUUCUUCUUUAACAUCUGACACAGUUUCAAUUGCAUGUUUUUGAGUUUUCAAGGUUUCAAUUUGCUUGUUAUUUAAAUUAAUUUGUAUGGACUUAUAAAAUUGUAACACCUUCAAGGCCAUUUUUUUAAAUUUUAUUAUUAUUUAUAUUAUUUAUAAAGCUACAACAAAUUCCGCAGUGCUGUACAAUUUUCAAAUAGCUUGUGUUUAAAUCCUUUCUCUUUCAGUCUGCUUAAAAAAAAAGCAAUUCAAGUAUUACUUUUCUGCGUUGCUGUAAAACCACAUGCUGGUUAUUAUCUUAACACCUCAAUGGGAAAAAAGUUCAAAGUGAAACCCAAAAAAUUAUGUGAAAUUUGUAAUUUUGUGGAGAAUGGAGGCAGGCAUCGGUCAUGUGAUUAGUUAACUGGCAGAUGGAUAUAUGAGCGAAUUUGGUGCAGUUAUUUAUGCAAUGCUAAACAUUCCGUAAAAUGGCAACCUUCGUUACAGCUGAUUCUGAAAGUUCUGAGUUGAUUGUCUGUUUUAUACUUUAAUGUUGGCGGCAUCUUUAUUUAAACUCUUCCACUUCUGUUUGUGUUUCCUGUCCUAGCAUGCUGAGUGUUGGCCUGCUGCCAAAUGCAUGAUUUUUGCAAAAGCCUCUUGCAUGAAAGAGUAACGUCGCAGACACGCUGGGGUGAAACGAUGCAAUUGUGUGUUUAUAAACAGAGGUUUAUGGGAAAUACACAUAAAUGCGUAGUGCAAUAUUCAUAAUGUAGAUUAAUUCACGGUUUUGCAAGUACAUUUAAACCGUUCUGCAUGGUGGUGGUGGUUCAACGGGCGCGAAAGGCACUUAGACCACUUCAUCUUAUUGCAGAUGGGGGGGAGGAGGAAGGGGCACAGUCACCUAAUAGUUUGUAGGACAAAAUAGCGUUACAUGAUUAUUAUUUAUAAAGUGCCAAGAAAUUCUGCAGCGCAGUACAAUAGCAGGACUAAUAGGCAUGUAUUUAUGACCAGACGAGUUGGUUGAGGGCCAGAGGGGUUGAGGGCCCAGCUCAAUGAUCUUACAUGUUUAUAUUUGUAAAACUAUAGUCUCCUUCUAAUGAAAAUGUAAAGAUGUUGGGCUGAAAGUGUGAAGUCCAAGAUUGGCUGAAAGAAAUCAAUCAUUUCCUGUUUUGAAGAGGAUAUCACCGGGAAAAUAGCAGAGCCUGGGGAUUUUCUGCAGGCAAGGGGCAUUCAGAGAUGUAUUAAGAGGUUAAUGCAUCACAUGGUUCUGCGUUUAAUAUGGUGGUGUGUGCACCCAGGAAUGCCCCCUUUUAAAAUGUUUGGGUGUUUUUUGUUUUUUUUUAAUGUUUUUUUUUUCUUCUUUGUAUAGAAUAAAAUGUGUGUUUACACAUAGAUGUUGCAACAUUUGUGAGACUUGUAAAUCUUGCUCUCUAGAAGACUGUUAAAGGAGGGCUUAUUUUAUGGGUUUUUGUUUUUUUUCAGGAAUUUUUUAAAUUCUUCUUCUUUUUUUUUUUUUUUAAAAGACUUUGAAACCAGUCUGCAACUAUGUGUAUAGUAAGAAUUAGUGAGCGUUAAAAGCACUUAACGUACUGUAUGGGUAGUUAUUUGUCAGAGCGUUGCUGUGGAAAGCACGGCAUGUAGGAGCCAAAACGCCACAAAUAACUCCGAUAUAUCAAGCCUAGCCUGACAUUCUGACGCUCAGUUUCUACAUUCUGUAGAGAUUCAUGCUAAAAAUGUUAAUAUUUUCAGUUUUUUGUUUUAGAAAAAAAGUGUUUGAUUUUUUUUCUUUCCACAGAAAUGAUGCAUGUAAGUGCAUUUUUUGCACAACCAACAUAAAGUGUGACCGGUUUUGCUGGCAUUAAAGGGACACUAUAGGAGCCCAGACCACUUCAUCUCAUUGAAGUGGUCUGGAUGCCUAUAAACUAGAUGUUUGUAAACUUUGGUUUGGUCUCAGAGGGACCUUGUUUUGCCCCCCCCUCCCCUCCCCCUGAUUGUAAUAGGUGUCGCCGCUGAAAUAUCCCAAAUAGGUCACUAUUGCCUCGUUUCCACUGAGCGGUACGGUUCGGAAGGUUUAGAGUGGUCCAGCCUAUUCAGCUGAGCGUUUCCACUGCAAGUUGGACUUCCAGGGGGCAUGCGGGGUUUAGACCAAAUGCCUAGUGUGUCAUUUGUUGUGAGCAUUGACGUUUUCCUGUCCGCUAAUCAAUGGAUUGUAUAGUGUGACGCCAGUAGCUCCGCCCUAACCGUACCGUACCAUUUCCUAUGGAUCUAAAUCCGAAGGGGGCCCAGGAAUGUUGCGGUUUGGUUCAGUUGUAUGGGCCACUUUCAUAAUGGAAACACUCAAAAUAGCGGACCAGACCGUACCAACCCGACCCAUACCGCUCAGUGGAAACGAGACGUUGGCUGCCAAAAUCAGUUUUGUAGCUAUCACAGGUGAUCAAAUGAUGUGCAACGCAAAGAGAUUAGUGUUUUCUCAGAUGUCUGUCAAGAUAAUAAAAAUAUUGUUUUUUUUCCUCCUCCUAUUUGGAGUGUUUUGUUAGAAAAUGAUAUAGAAUUUUAUAGCACCUCCGCUUUAAAAGUUUGAUUCCCUACAUAGUUUUGUAUCAUCUUACUUUGGUUCCAAGAAUGAUAAAAUUCAUAUAAUGUGACUGAGUAAUAUCUACUUAUCUGCUGUUAAUGUAUGUAAACUUUUACGGGGUUGUUCUCUAACUACAGUGUGAAUUGUCAGGGAUUCAAAAUGUGUUUAAACUUUUAGUCCAAAAUAUGUCCCAAGUCCGUUUCUUUUUACUAUUUUGGCCUAAGCAUUAAAAUUCACAUUGAAUUCUCAAUAAUUCACACUUUAGUGAUUAACCUUGUCUUAAAGGGACACUAUAGUCACCAGAACAACCACAGCUUAAUGUAAUCUUCCUGGUGUCUACUGCCUGUCCCUGCAGGCUUUUUGUUGUAAACACUGUAGUGUUUGCAUUGCUCCAUAUAGACACCACUCAGACACCUACUAGAGGUGGCUCCUGGGGCAGUUCUGCACAAUGUGCUGAACUUUCCCCACAGAGGUGCAUUGAUUUAAUGCAUAUCUAUGAGGAGGUGCUGAUUGGCCAGGGCGGUGUUUCACUCCACCCCUACUCCGCCUCCAUGACUGAGGUCAUCAGAAUUGGCCAUCUUGGCCAAUCCAAUGCUUUCCUAUGGGAUCGUGGUAGAGGCAGGACCGGCGGAUGUGCGCGGAACUGGACUAAAGGUAUGUUUUAACAAUUUUUAGGGGGCGGUGGUGGGCAGGGGCCACGAACUGCAUUUUAUCACUAUAGUGUUCACUUAAGCAAUUUAAAUAAUCAGGGGAAAAGUGCUAUAGUAGUGUGCAAUUUAUUAUAAUUUUUGUUGGUUUUUAAAAAGUAACAUAUUUUUUUAAAUGGUUUUAAAGUGAAGUGUUACAUCCAUCUGUUUAGAGUGGCAUAUACUUAUUUUCAGAGUUUAACAACAAACUGAAGCCACAAUAUAGCAUCGUCAUUUUUUUUUCCUUAGCAUGGCACUUAUUUUGCCAAAUUAUGCCAAAAAGAAAAGAGGAUUUGUGAUUAGCUCAGCAGGGUGAUGCUUUAGCCUUUCCAUGAUAUUUCUUUAAACUUGUUAUAUUUUAAAAAAAAAAUUCUCUUUUCUUUUUCCAAUUUCCUCUCUUCUCACUGUAGUGGAAUUGGGACGUUUGGCUAAUUACACAGUCCUCAAUUUUCUUUAAUGUAAUUUCCUCUUUGCACCUAUAUUGAUACGCUGUGUCUGGUUGUUUAUAUUGUGAAAUAUUGUUGUGUUAAACUGAAAAAAAAGCAAAAACAAGUGUUCAAACCUCCCUGCGCACCGCCCCCAUGUUAAAAAAUGAUGUGCAUUUCUGAAAUAUUUUAAUUCUUCCAAUGACUAAAUGUAGCAAAUUCAAAUUACAAAACAGAUGCCAAAAAUAACGAAGCAGUGACUAUAUCUGAGUAGGAAAACUUUCUCUGUUUGCUUAACCUUUUGUCAUUCGAGUUCAAUUUGAAGGAAAAUAUACACUAUGGCUUCAAUUUAAUAUUAUUGGAGAUUCUUUUUAAAUGACUUAAUAUUAUGAAAAAUAUUAAACAUUUUGUAAAAUAUUGAGAUUUAAUAAUUUGUAAAAAAAAAAAAUUCAUAUUUUUUCCAAGGCCUAUGUGAGUGAUUUUAAAUGUGAGUGAUUUUAAAAUCAGUAUUUUAAUUUUGCAUCCUCUUAAAUUUGGUCACCCUAUGCUGGAAGGGAGCAGAUAAAUUCAUUUUGUAGAACUUGGUGGUUAAUACCCCUUUAACCCACAGGACAGCUGUUGUGAUGCCCUGUACUAAGUUUAGUGUUGUUGAAUGCAGAUCAAUGAACUGCACAUGGAUAAAACUUGUCUUCAAAGUAAAUCCUCAAUGUGUGCAUUCCUGAAAUUCAGCAAACUGGCUGGCAAACAGGAAGCGUAUAUACGGUGCUGUGUGAUGUCACCACACAUUGUACAUAAACACACAUGCCCUGCUCGUUUGCAUUGUAUCUAAACGCAUAGGGUGAUUUUUAAGGCUGGGUUGAAUCAUGCUCAAGCAAGCCCUUUACUUCCUGUUGAGCACUGCGUUGCUCUGCAAGAAACGGGCAAUGCUCUUUUUAUAGUGACAUGAGUUCAUGAUGUCUCAUAGUGAGAUCAGACUAACCUCUCUGGGUUUGGCAUGUGCAAGUGAAUUAUCUACUUUAGUUUUUUUUGUGUGUAUAUAUAUAUAUAAUAUAAUUUUUUAAUUUUUUGUUCUUUUUGUUGUUAAUUGCAAUGCAAGACCGCCACAGUGCAGAUUUUUUUUUUUCUAUAAUAAAAAAAUAAGCAAACUUACUAUUCAGUUAAAAUAAAACAAAAAUUAUAAAAUAGCAAUGCACGUUUUGUGACCUACUGUACCGUGGAAGAAAUUGCAGUGUAAUAUGUCUUUAACUCUGGGCUUGUGCCAUAUAUGGCUACAGGAAGAGGGUGGUUAUAGGGAGGUAGGGCCCAAAUCUUCUAGCAGGCAGCGAAAGUGAGAAUGGAACACAGGGAGGGGACAGAAAAUGUAACAUUUUGCUACUAGUAACUUGAAUACAACCAAGGAUACAUUUACAGAUCAGGAAUUGCAAGAGCUAAAGAAAUGACUUAAUAAUGGCACAAGAAAAUAUAAGUCAUCUUUGGAAGAGGAACAACAUCAAGUAAGCUUGCUUGGGCAGGACAGAGGGCUGAGUAUUUUUUAUAUAAAUCUUCUUACAGUGCAGAGGGAGGGUGCACACUGAGUUUGUGUUGUGUAAUUGUGAGAGAGAGAGAGGGAGGGGAAUUACUGAGCUGCACACUCUCACUGCUUGCUGGGGAUUUUGCUAUGUUGUUGCAAGCAAUGAGCUCAGAUGAUGAGUCAGACCAUGCAGUCAUUCUACUCUGCACCCAAUUACUGCCAUUGCAUAGUGAGAGCUGGGGGAAUACUGCUGCGUUUUAGCAGGACUCUAUAUUCCAAGGGUUGGGGUGGACCCUUUGCACUGGUACCAAGCACAGGGUGGACCGGUUGUUGCAAGAGAAGAGCGAUCAAGCCUUAGUUCUGCAAUCGCUGGGUACCUGCAACACAAGCCAUUUUUAUUUUGCACUUCCCCAUUUAGAGACGAAGAGGCAACACUGUAUAUGCCCUGUACAGCCGAGGGUCUGUUUGCUGGAACCUGGUGAGUUAUUACAGGGCUUGGUAAAGGGUGGGGGAAUACAGAAUUAUGGGAAUAUUUUCAAGAGUGGAUUGCACGUAUUACUUUUUUAUUACUUUUUUAAAUCUUUGUUUAUUCUUUAACCGGUUUGCAAGGUGUUUAGUCAGUCAUAUGAAUCACCAACUCCUUUUAUCGAUUCCCGGUCAUACCCAGUCCUGCAAGUUUUUUUCUUCCAAAUGAUGCAAUUUGGUAGCAAAUGUUUGAACGCAGUAUAUACCCGCUCCCUUAGAUUGCUCCACCUUUGCUGUAUUUAAUGAAUUUUCCUGUAAAUACAUAAAUAUGCAUGUCGGGGAUGCAAGUAAUAAAUCAUUGUCAUGUGCAGAAAGACCUUUCUCUGUUUAAUGUGGAAUUGAGAGAUGGGACUUCACAAGAGCUUACAAUCUAAAUCCGGACUAGAAGCUACUAAACAUUAAAUUAAUUAGGUAUGGGUCUGUGGACCUUCCAUUGGAGAGGAUACGAAGCUUUAGAUCUUUAGAGACUAUCGUAUGACAGUCUUGUCUCUGUCAAUUCUUGUUGUAUAAUCGUAAAGUGUUGCGAAAUAUUUUGGUUCUAUAUCAAUGCUAAUAAUAAUAAUAUAGGGUAAGGACAGUGCAUGGCACCACUAUGUUACUCUUGCAUUAACCAUGGGUUGAACUGAUUUUGCAAUAAUUAAGGGUCUUGUUGGUGUUGCCUUAGGUUAACAAAGGGUUAAGAAGUAGAGGCCACCCCCACCCUCCCUACUUCUCUCUUCCAAGAAUGUGUACUGUAAUGUGGUAUAGCCUCAACUUGCUGGCUCCUGUUUUCUGUGCAGAAGUUGAGUCUAGGAGGUGCAUAUUAUUAUUAUUAUUAUUAUUGCAUAUGCAUCUUGUCCGCUAUAAAUAAACGUGAUCCUUGUGGUCUCUGUGUUCUGCUGCAGUCUCUUUUUGCAGCAAAUUAUGGGAGCUCGGAGGUGAAGGGAAUUGGUUUCAAAUGUAGAAGGCAUUGACCGCCUGGACACAAAGUUCUACAUAGUGCGUGUGAGGGUGGUCAUACGGUAGACCCUCAGCUGAUUUUAAACAAAAAAAUAUCCCAUUUUGCUUUGCUAGCCUUAAGCUGAUAAAGCAACAUGGACUUUGUAGUGUAAGAGCUGUGGGGUCUACGGUUUGACUAGUGGUCUUCCAAAAGGUCCUACGUUCAGGCUUCCUCUCCAGAGUGAUGUGCUAGCUUAAGACACUUAACCCAGUUACGGUCAUCAUGGAGUGAUCAUGUGCAGUGUGCCAAGCAUGAGAUGACACUGUGAUAGUUAAUAGUUUGUUUUCAUGCUAUCUGGGCUUGCCACGUGUCUGAUCAAAACUGGAGCAAAUAUUAGUUUUUGUAUGAAAUAUUACAUGAAAGACAUUACUCGUUUACCGUAGUCAAUUAAAAUAUUUUGCAAUCCUUUUGUGAUUUUUAUCCUGCCACCCAAAUUAUUUUAGCCCCCCACCCCUAUUCUGUUAGCAGCCAUUGCAUUGCUAACUCAAUUUGCUGAAACCCAUACAAUUACAGAGAAUAUAGUAUAUGAUGUAUUUGAAUUUUUUUGUAAUUUUAGAUUUACCAGAUCUAAAUACUUUGAUGCAAAAAUCAGUUUGCCAGUCUGUGCUGUUGAAUCCUAAAAAAAAACAACAAAAAACUUGUAAUCCUUCCCAGUAACAAUGUAGUCAUUUUAAGACAUCUUUCUAUCUGUUCAAGCUUUUAAUUUUGCACCAUUACAAUUUUUUUUUCUUCUUACAAAAAAAAAAGUAUUGAUUUUUGCAUAAGGAUAUAAUUUGAACCAUAUGUUUUUAGAAUAAUAAAAAUUUAUAGAAGCCAAUCAUAUAAUCUGUUUACCAUUGGCGAGGUAUAAUCUUGACUUUUAUUGGAAAUUCUUCAGUUAACAAUAUUAAGCUCCUCAAACGCAAGCUGUCUGUUUUUAACCCCCUGUGUGCCAGGGCAGUGCAGAAUGAGUGUGUGUGUUUGUGCAGACCCAGGCGUUCCUCCCCCCCCCCCCAUUUAUAUUGUUGAAAUUCCAAGCUAUGCAUGCAGCCGCCCCUUCCAGGAAAUUAUGCCCUUGUCUUUUUUCCAGCUCUCUCUCUUUAAUCCAGUAAAACAUGUCGAAAGAGUGAGAGAGACAGAUCUAGGAGUGGUUUACGACAGUUGCUGAUACGAAGUCACAAACUUCACAAACAGAUCAGCCUACUGUCAUUGUGUGGGAGGCUCACCUGUGCAAUAUUCAAAGGCAGGCCUUGUGCAACAAUUUGCACAACUAUUUCGCUUUGAAUUCAAGCUUUCUUCACCAGCUGAAGGUCUUGCAAAACUUUUGCCUGCUGUGUCUACUAAUUGCAGUUUCAAUUCUGGGAAGAGCUGAAAUUUGCGUGCUUUAGAGUGUAAGCUCACAGGAGAAUUUGAUCAUGCUUUGCCCUCCGGCAUUAAUACAAAAAGCAUUAAAGACUGGCUAUCGUUACGCAGAUUUCAUGCAAAAUCCCUUCAUUCAGCCUAGUUUAGUGUUUUCUGCAUGGCUGCAAGGGAUAACAGCUGUGACAGGUCCCCUGGCUACCACUGUGCAGUUAAAGCUGCUUUGCAAAGCAGUCUUUCAAACCGUUCCCAGUACCAUGUAGAACUAAAGGAUUGCAAUACAAAGUACAAUACUAUGACUGUGACUCCAUUGUUUGUAGAAAAGGUCACAAACAAAUCCGUCAUGUGCUUUCCUGAUUCAGUGUUUUCAUAGAUUACAACAUGCUUAGAUGGUGAGAUUCAUUGCCGGUGAUUUGCACUGUGCACAGCUGUCAUUUAACUAGAUUUCUGGGUUUAAUAUUGGGAGUUUCCCUGUUGAAUGUAAGCUCUUCGGAUCAGUGCAGCUCUAUUUGUUCCAUUGUGUACAUACAACGCCAAUGAUUGGUUACAUGCUAACACUGCGCCUAGCGCAGGGCAAAAACAUUCGCAUUCGCAAAAUAAUGCUAUUCAAUAUAUGGAUGUUCUAGGCCACAAGUGAUGAAUGAAAUGUAAGGCCCUUGUCAACUCUUGUAUCUGUUAGAAUUUCUAUAAUUUUGUCUUCCAAUGCCUUACUGUUGUAUAUCUAUACUGUAUUAUAGUAAUGCGCUGCAGAAUAUGUUGGCGUUCUAAAUCCAAUAAUAUUUUUAAUCAUGUAACAGAUUUUUCUGUCCGCUCUUAACCCUUACCCACACUGAUAAGGAAAUGCCAGUAAUAAUCUCGCAAACAAGUCAAGAGAUGGACUAAUGGUAUAAUUCAUAUCUGCUGUGAAGGGAAUUAAUAAAAAUAUAUUUUGUGGGUGUCUUGAUUAACCUCUUCAGGGAUAUUUAAUGCCUUCGUCACUGUCAGAAAGGAAUGUGUUGCUGAUUUAGAAGCAGAAACUGUAUACAGAGUUGCUGCCUAUAAAUAACUGGGACAUUCCAUUGUCAUAUGGGAUAUUUAAACUAACAUUUGAAAUACAAACCUGUACUGCUGAUAUCAGCCAAUCUCUACAGGAAAGCAUUGAUGGGCUGCACCAAUCAGCAUCUCCUCAUAGAGAUUAGAUCAUUGCAUCUCCAUAGAAAGCAAGCUUUUGAUGUGUUCAUGCAUAGCGUGAAUUUUGCAGAGAUUGCAGGACCGCACCAGGAAGCACCUAUAAAGGUUACCAGAUUGACAGGCACAAGAGGUGUCCUUUGUGACGAUUGUAAACCAUGUCUUUUCACAGAACUUUCGGUUGUAACAAUUGUAAGACUACAGGGACAGGCUCUUUAUACCAGAACGACUUAAUAAAGCUGCAGUGGUUCUGGAGUUUAGAAUUUCUCUGUAAAGGUGUUUGUUUGUUUUUUUUAUGGCGGAAUUAUUCCUGUCUUGGUCCUUAAAGGGGUAACCAUCUAGGAUACCAUAACCUUUGAUGGCCUUAAAUCUAUACAGUUUGUUGUGUUGGCAACUGUUGUAUUGAGAGGAUGUGAUGCUUGCACAGACAGGGGUGUAUAAUUGGGUGCUGCAGUUUAGUUCCUUACAGAUUGUUCCUUCUUGUGAUACCCUUGCAGUACAAGGAGUGCUGUUUUGAGUUUGGAGUUGGCUGACAUUGUAUAAAUCCUGCUCCGCUAUGAAUAAAUCCAUAGGCAGUGGGUGUGUUUGCAACCAUGUGUUUAAUGUAGUCACUGGGCAGCACUUGUGCGUGGGCGUCCGUACUGAUUUGUAUGCCAUGGUAUGCUGGGAAUUCACACAGACAAUUCUCUGCUUAUUAGAUUAAUUAGUGUGAUGUCACUUACAUUGUAUCUUAACCCUUUAUCUGUGAAGGUUCCAUUAAUACACCCUGGGUAGCAACAUCCGUCUUCCUGUCAGCUUAGGCCAGAAAUAGUCCAAAAUUAGUACUGCAGCUGUCGUGCACUACCUUACCCAUGAUCCUCAGGCAGGCAUUUGGGAAAUGAAGUCCAUGUCAGCUGCAGUGUCACUUGGCAAGGAUUUAAAUGUAUCCUGUCCAAUAAUUUCAUUAUAUUUUUUUAUUAUAAUUUCAUUAUUGUCAUUCCGGUUUGGAAAUACGAAGUCAAUAUUAGCCUAUAUCUUUAGCCCUUUUCGUUACCAAUUUUAAACCCAUACUCCCUCCAUUCAGCUUUAUAAAGCGAGAAUUGUGGGACAUUCAAAGAGAUUUUUUUUUUUUCAGUUUAGCUAUUUUAACCUUAAAGUGGCACUAUAGUCAACAAAACAACUUUAGCUUAAUGAAGCAGUUUUGGUGUAUAGAUCAUGCCCCUGCAGUCUCCCUGCUUAAUUCUCUGCCAUUUAGGAGUUAAAUCAAUUUGUGUAUGCAGCCCUAGUCAUACCUCCCUGCAUGUGACCUACACAGCUUUUCUAAACACUUCCUGUAAAGUGAGAUCUUAUGUUUACACUUCCUUUAUUGCAAAUUCUCUUUAAUUUUGAAUUAAUUUUCUCCUGCUCUGUUAAUAGAUUGCUAAAUCCUGCAGGAUCCUCCUGUAUGUAAAGUUAAAUUUACAGAGUAGGAGAUAAAAAAAAAUAAAAAAUAUAUAAUGUAAGUUACAUAUGAUUGAAAGUAAAACAAUUUUUUCAUGCAGAUGUGUCAGUCACACAGUCAUUACCCCCUCCUUCCUGUAGACCGUGUAACUGGUGAAUGGAAUCCUUGACCCCAAGAAUAGUACACAAUUACCAUUCAGUAACAAUGUAUUUAGUGUUUUUGUUGUUCUGACCAACUAUUACUUUCAUUGCCAUAAUGUACACUCUUGAAAUGCGGCAAUACACUAACAUAGCAAAUACAUAGGGUAUACCCAAUGUUUCUGGGCUGUAGUGGGCUCCGUGCCAUUACAGAGAGUCUAUCGUACUGUUGCUGUGAGUUUGAUUGGGUCCAUUAUUGACCAGAUAAGACUGCUUUGGUUCCCAUCUCUCUCCAUGUUGAUUGAUUUUGUCCCACAGUAGUUAUGUGAUUAAAUGUUUUACAUUUUUAUCCCACUAUAUUUCCCAUUAGUGAGGGGGGGAUUAGCAGCAAUGUACAAAUCAUGUCAACAGCUUAAAAACAAUCUUUUUACACUGCUUUUAUUGUUCAUGUGCAGACACGUUGUUUUUGCUGAGAAUGCACGGUGUUAGUGUACAUUUUAUCAGAUUACAAUAUAUUAAGCCAUCUAGCUGUUACUAUCUUCCCAUCAGAAGGAUUCUCAAAAUGUUCCAGGACUUAUCAGACUAUUGCAUCUUUUAUGAUUUUACUUUUAUAUUUCAGUUGCAAAGGGCAUCCUGUCUGGGUCACGUUGACAAUACAUCUACAGAUUUUAAAUGUUCAUUUUCAGUCUUACUUCCUUACAAAAAAGAGAACCUGUAUAGUUUAAGAUGCGUUUAUUAUGUCCAUAUUGAUGAAGUACACUCCAGAUGCUGUGGACUACAUCUCCCAUAAUACUCUGUCAUAAUGCUGGCAAAGCAUCAUGGGAGAUGUAGUCCGCAACAUCCAGAGUCCCGAAUUUUGCGUGCCUCUGAUUAUGAUCAGGUGUGUUUUUUUUUUUUUUUUCCUUCAGUGAUGCUAAGAGCGUUGAGCACAGUAAUGCACAAUCUAACAUAACUGUAACAGUAUCUUUACACUUUUCUCAUAAUUAAAUUUAAUGUAAAGAGUUCCUCUAACCCUGAGUUUCAUUUUCUAGUUUGAUUAUACCCCAUCUGGCACCAUUAACCAGCCUCCCUCAACCCUUGUUUCACUUGAAAAGGAACUAAAUAAUUGUACCUUGAAUCCAUCACCGAACGAGGUCCUCUUUGCUCAUUUCCAUGCCCUGUAUGACAUCGUCACACUGUGUCUGCUGAGGUCCAAUCAAAUGCUACUAUAAAUAUAUUGUUCCAAACAGAGGGAGGCAGGAAGGGAUUGGAGAGUGGGCACAUUACUUUGAUCCUUAUUUAAACAAUAUUGAGAAAUGAUCAGGAAAUGUAGUUCCUCUUGAAAUUUAGCUGCUGGUGUGCUGGUUUAUUGUUGACAUAAUUUUAAAGUCCCAAUAAGAUCUUUAGAAUAAAGAAACUGCAAUAGACGUGAUUUGUGGAAUACCUAUUUGAUUGUUACCAAUCUUUUUCUAAAAUAAGAUCAUCCGCUCCAGGUCGUUUUGAAUGUUCUGGUUUACAGAUGUGGUCGAUGUUUUAAAAUAGUUGAAGAUAAAUGACACAUGCACAGCUUGCACCUUUUGAAUAAUGUAUGUUACACCAUAUUAAGGUUGUCCUGGUCAGGAUUUACAUUCUGAGGAUCGUCCAGGGCAAUUUUCCAGCUGUGUAAACCAAAUCUUCCUUCAGUAAUCUCACCAUUCCAAAUCCUGUCUUCUCUGUGCAGAUUAAAAUCAGUGUGAUUUUCAGACAUUGCAAUGCCAUUAAAUUACAGACAGCUCUUUGUCGUUCAUCUUUCAUGAAAAUAAAAUCCAGGCUUGUUUUUAGAAACUGCCUAGCGACGAACCUACCUGGAGUUUGUGGAGUUUAAAGGGGCUAACCUGACAACCCCUUUUUAAUGAGUUAUAUAGGAUAAUGCUUUACUAAUAUACCAAUGAAAAAAUAGAUCAUUUGCUUACGUUUAAAGAUUCAGCUAAUGUUUUGCAAGCAGGAAAACAGCAGGCCAAAAACACUCAGACCAGGAAGAGGCUCAACUAGUCAGGAACUUCUCGUCCUGGUAGUGUUGGAACGGAUGAGUGUAGCCUCUUAACAAACUGUUGCCACAUCAUGGUUGCAGUUAACUUGCUCACAGCCACAUUCAUAAUUGUGCUUAGUGGUCUGUGUGCAGUGAUUUCCAUAGACCUUUAUUUCACUUGAGCACAGCCUGUGCCAGUGCUCGGCAUGUACAUUUUGGACACUCAAAUUGGACGACAAGGAAGAGGUAGAUUCAGAUUAAACUUUUAUUAUCACUGUACAAUGUGAAUGCAAGAACAAUGAAACACAGUUGGCAAUCAAAAAUACUUUAUAAAAAAUGUACUCUCAGUGUAAGCUUUUUUACAACCUAUACCACAUACCAUAAUUCCCUAGUACUUAAGAAAUACAAUCCUUCUGUGUUAAUACAAUUUUUAUGCCUAAUAAUACAACCCAUAGCCCCCAUCUAAGUAAAAGUCGACUUUUGGUCGCCGAAAAGACGCUGGAUGUCCUCAUGCUUUGGCUCUAUCGACAUCUGACAUUGUCUCUGUACUUGCGUUUUAAGCUUGGUCUUGCUAUUUCUUGCAAAAAGAUAAUUUGCCAUUUUUUAAGGGACAUUGCUGACCCACACGGAACACAUGGACACUUGCAGACAACGAUGCAGGGCUAGAGGACGUCGUUUGGUGGGCUCACUAUUAGACAGACUUGGAGUCUAUGCUGAUAGUCUGUCUGUUAGGACGGAGGGGAAGUAUGAUGUUUAACGCACGUUUUAAGGGGGGAUCUCUACGUUUUCUGAGGGGUGGGGAGAGUCUGGAUGGUUCAGGUUAAGCAGAAAAUGUAAAAAAAACAAAAAAACAUGCAUUUAAAAGGUAUGUUUGCAGGGUUGGCUUCCUAGUACCAUAACCACUGCAAAAACAUGUAUUGGUUAUAAUGCUUGGUGUGUACCUUUAAAUAUAGGUAGCUAGAGGGACAGCAUGUCACGGGAUGACGUUACAGAAACUAACACAAUAUCCCAUGGGAUUUAGGAACUCACAGGAGGAUGAUGUUUUCUAGAAAGGGGUUGGCUGCAUCAAGAAGGCAUCACCAAAAUUUGUAGAGAAGGAAAUGUGUAGACAUCGGGAGGAAAUACUUUUGUACAGAGUCAUGGGCGCAGGGAUAAUCCCAUUGCAUUGCAUUGUAGAGGUUAAUACAGUGGAAAAGUUCAAGAUGACCUAAGGCAGAAAAUGCUCCCUGGGGCAGGAAACCUAACUGAAAAUAAAAUAGUCUGUGUGUUGUAGAUUAAACAUUUUAGGGAAACGUGUAGACUGGACAGUCGUUUGAUUUUAUCUGUCAUCAGAACUGGUUUCAUUGUAUUCCAGCUUUAUAAAAAAGUGCUGUAACAACGAGGGGUGAGUUAGUACAUAAGCAUAUUGUUUUAGUCUUCUGAUCACUGAAUAAUGGCAGAAAGCAAUAUAUUUAUUUUGAUCCAAAAUGCAUUCCUGCCGAGACACUUCCGGCUCUAGGUAGGUUGUGGAGGCAUGGAAUGGUGCCCGGGGGACCCCAAGUUAAAAGCCAAACCGAGGAUUGGCUGCUUACAAAAAACUGUAGUGACUAUGGUGUUUGGAGUGUUUUAUUUUAAUAGAAUGUUAAUGCAACUUUCAUUUUUUCCUUCUGUAUUACACGUGCAUUUUUCACUUAGCCGGAUCAUGGUGACAAUUCAAGAUGAACACUCAGGUUUUUGAACUAAACAUUGAAUUGUAGCAGAAAAAAAGGCAAAUUUGAGGGUAAAAAAAACCCUUUAUAUUCCCAACUUGGCUGUCUUAACACCAAUAUUAUUUGGGUUUGAAUUUGCUACAAUUCGGGGUUAUAGUGAAGAACAGAGUGUGCUUUUCUCAGAUUGUAGCGUGUCGACAUGUCGAUUGCACCACUGACUUCAGAUUGGGUUGGGCUUUUUUUCCCCCAACGUUUAGAAAAGUGAUGUUCUUUUCUGGAUUGAGAAACCGCAAUCCUUAAAUAUUUUCCAACCAAACACCUCUAGCAAUAGAUUUUCCAAUCUUGUUCUAUUGCAGCGUGUUUUUUCCUUUUGCAGCUGCCGGCUGAUAACAUCUAUGCCAAAACAAGUUGAAUGAACAUUUAAGCUGGCAUUUAAGUAGAAAAUGAAAUCCAGGUGGAACAAUUAUUGAGAUGUUUGCACAACAAAAAAAGCUUUAACUAAAAGUUGCUGUUGUGUUGUGUUUUUAUUUUUCUAAAAUAUUACUUUUUUUGUUUUGUUUACCUAACUAUUCAGACUGUGCAUCCAAGGUAAAUUAACUUAAUGGGACACUAUAGGCCCAAAGGCCACUUCAGCUCAUUGAAGUGGUCUGGGUGCAUGUCACAGGCCCCUUAACCCUGCAAUUGUACUUAUUGCAGUUAUUAAUUAAUUGCAAUAAUUACCUUUUGAGGGUUACCUCUAUCUCUAAUGGCUGUCUACCAGACAGCCACUAAAGGGAUUUCCCGAUGGUUAGGCGACAUUUGGUCGAUAGACGCUGGAUAUCCUCACGCUCUGCAUUCUGCAUCAGAUAAAAGCGCAUAGUAAAACAUUGCUGAUGCAAAUGCAGUGCUCAGCGCCCUUGUGCAUUAGGAACGGAGGCGGAACCUGACCUAGUACACUAGAGGAUUAAGAGCUUGCAGGGCCCAGUGCAGUCUGCAGAUAUAAACUAGUUUCUGUUUUUAUGGGACCGUUAAUUGCUCUCCUUAUAAAAAAAUAAAAAAAAUCUGCGAGUGAUAUAAUCCUGAUCAAAACCUUGAGACGACAAUUCACUUAAUCCACAAUUGUCGUGAACUAAAAACUGAAUCGGACUAUUCUGGCUAAAAUAUCUGAUUACGAGGAAUUCUCCGAUCCGGUUAUACGCACAACUUGGCUUUAGUAGCCUACCUUAUGCAACUCAGUUUUUUUAGUUCGGUAUUUUAUUUUUGUUAAUACACCUCAUAGCCUCUCACAUAAAUAUUGGUGAAUUAAAAUGUGGAAUACUUAACACCACAUAUAGUGUGAUGUUUAUGCUUCACGUUAAAAUGCAAGCAUGUUUACAAGGUCUGUGUUCUCCCGAACACCUGUUCUUUGUUUUGUUUUUUUGAAGGGGGGGGGCAGGGGCGGUGGGUUCUAUCCCUUAAGGAUUGCAGUGUUUCAGAUGUGUAAAAUGGAGCAUCUUCCUUGCUACUGGACAACAACACCCACACUUCCCUGCCAGCAUUACCCAGCAUCCCUCUGGUUUUAACAGUACAACGUAAAACCUUGCCGUUUUGUAGAAAGUGCACCUUUAGUGGCUUACUUAAUGUCUCUUCCUCUACUAGGAUGGCGUUUCACCCAGUCAUGUGACCAAGUGCAGAUCGUAGGAAAGCAUUGAAUUCGAUAAUACCCUGACCUAUACCAUAAUUCUGUAGAAAAGACUGGCAGCGGAUGAUGGGAUGCAUAAUUCAGAGCAUCUUAAAGGGCAGAGGCUCUUUUAUCUCUGCUCUAAAUAGGAGGCCUCUAACUUUCAAAACUUUUUUUCUCUCAUAGAGGUUGUAGACGCAGAGUAUUAUUCAGUGCAAAUAAAGCUUCAAAACAAAAUUACAGUUCCUUAAAGGACCACUAUAGUGUCAGGAAAACAAACUCGUUUUCCUGACACUAUAUAAUCCUUAGGUGUCCCCCACCCUCCCGCUGGGUUGAAGGGAUUAAAACCCCUUUAGCCACUUAUCUUAAUCCAGUGUCGGGCUCACUCAGCGCUGGUGACCUCACCUCCCCCUCCGACACCAGCUCCCGAGUGGAGCAGAAUGCGCAUGUGCGGCCAGAGCCGCAAGCGCAUUAAAAACGCCCAUAGGAAAGCAUUUCUCAAUGCUUUCCUAUGGACGGUCUGCUUGCCUAAUGCGAUUUUCGCAUUGAGCGUCGGGGAAGCGCCUCUAGCGGCUGUCAGGAAGGCCGCCACUAGAGGCUGGAUUAACCCUUCUAUGUAAACAUAGCAUUCUCUGAAACUGCUACGUUUAAAUGUGAAGGGUUAAAACCUGAGGGACCUGGCACCCAGACGACUUAAUUGAGCUGAAGUGGUCUGGGUGACUAUAGUGGUCCUUUAAGUUACAUAAGAAGGGUAUUUUUGUAUAAUCAAUAAUUACUGUCAAACAGCCUUAAAUGAUGGAUUUUGCGGCCCAAUUUACAGUAAUACGUUUUCAAAUACUGUAACAGUGCAAGAUAACAGUAUUUAGUUUUCGUGUUAAUUUGUAUCUUCUAUAUCCCGAGCAUUUAUAGUACAGUCUUCGAUUAGAUGGAGUGUAACAAUUUGGACAUCGUGGACGAACGAAUUGUGAUUCCCAUUAUGAUUAUUUUGCUUGACUGUUUUUUGAUAUGCAGGACGCAUCAUAUUGGAUACAAACAAUUUAGAAUCCCUGCCUGCUUCCUUGUUGGUAUGUUGCUGUAAAUGGGGAAGAUCAGUGUAUUUUCACUAAAGCUUUACUGGCGAAGAUAGUCAAAAUAAUAAUAAAAAAGGGAAGCACUUCCGGGUGGUUAGGCAAAUUUUUGUCGUCAAACUGACGCAGGACGUCCUUGCGCUAUGCAGCUAUUUUCUAUAGUCCAGAAUUGUCCUGAUCUCAUUAAAAGGGUUUGUUUGCCUUUUGUAUAUCUAAAAUCAGCUUGUACGUUAUCUUGUGUGGUUCCUUUACAAGCCCUCCCCUUCUAACCCCGCCCAGACUUUCUGUGGCUGUCCAAUCACAGAUUUCCCAAUGCAGUUCAAUGAGAAGUCUUUGCAAGGCAGGGGCUCUGAGCAAUUGCUGCCUCUUGGGUAUAGUAACAGUACCUGUUGUUUGAUUGAAAGCCAAGGGCGUGCAACCAGAGCAAUGUAUAAAAAGAAAUGCCAAUUUCUACUGGAAUCAGCACAUUUUGUAAAAUGGAAGAAAAAUACAUUAAUAAUUAGUGAAAGUGAUCGUGAAAUAAUCUUUUUUUAGGUGCACAUUUUUUUUCUCUCUCUCUUCCUUUUUUGACUCAAAUGCAAAGCAUGGUUUUACAGCUGUACAAAGUGUCUUUGUGAGUUCAAUCACUCACACAUUUGCAGUGGGGGGUAAGUAUGUUAGCUGUGCCGCAUGCGCCAAACCGGUGCACGCAUCAAUAAUGGAAGUGGAACUAUCAAAAAUGGGAAUUUCUUUAUUUAAAUAGGCUGUAAAGACUGUUAUGCAAGAAAAAAAACCAUUUACAAUAUUAUGAACAUGCAAUGCUAAAGCUUAUUCUGUUUUACAUAUUUUUUAGUCAUAUGGCGGUUUGGAAUGUCACAGAUUUGGAAUUUUCAAUAAAUAAACGUCUGUUCACUUUUCAGAACUCUUUGUUCAAAGCAGAACGUCGGCCUGAGGAUUUUCUUAGAGUAUAAUACUUGCUCCUGGUCGGCUAAAAGAUAUUGGCAAGGAGCCACUGUUUUUAACAGCUGACUACGUACAGAAACUUGUGCACACAAUGAAUACACUACGAUUUCAGAACAUUUAAAAGGGCCAUUUAUCUGUUCAUGUUCCAUAGGGGUGAGUGCGUUUUGACAGGUGAAAUGAUGCAUUCUUUAAACAAACAGUAAUUCAGGUUUUGUAAAAUGUAAUUUUAAGGAAAGAUCAAAAUCGUACUUGAAGGUCAUGUAAGCCAGGGCUUGACAAAUUUGCUAGGAAUCUAGGAGACAGGCGUUUCAAUGUAAAAAUGCAAUUCUUAAAGGGACACUAUAGUCACCAGAAUCACUUCAGCUUAAUGUAUAGUAUACAGCUUAAUGUAGUGGUUCUUGUGUCUAUAACCUGUCACUGCACACUUUUCAAUGUAAACCCUUCCUUCCUUUUCAGAGAAAAGGCAGUAUUUACAUUGUUGCUUAGUAACACUUCUAGUAACAGUCACUCAGACUGGCUGUAGAGUGCAUCCUGGGUCAGUACUGUACAGUGUGCAGCACCUACGUUUAGCGGGUCCAUGCUCUGCGUGGAGGCGCUGAACUUCCCAAUAGAAAUGCAUUGAUUCAAUGCAUCUCUGGAAUUACAUCAUAUUCCGGCUCCAGGCAUCAUUAGAGGUUGCGCGUAGGAGCAGAGCAGUGAGGUUACAGCUCCCUCGCGCGCCUGUCCAUUUGGCUCAAUCUUCCAGGAGCCUCCCACCCGUGCGCACGCCCACCCACCCUCUCCCUCAGCUUGCCAGCUGACCGCCCACAUGGCAGUGCUCUCACUCAGCCAGCCGACGGACUGCAUGCCCAUGCUCUUUAUGACCGGCCAUCUGCACGUAAGCCCAUGCUCUUUAUGAGCCGGCCGCCUGCACUCAUAAGCAGCUGACCACCUCGGGGGCUAAAUGGGCCAGCAAAUCACAGGCGCCAGGACAAAAAUCCUAGUAGCCAUGGCGACCUGGCGUCUGGGAUUUGUUGAGCCUUGAUGUAAGCCACCUACCUGCAGUCCCUAGUUGUCUGCCAUUUGUAGCAGAUUGGAGGCUGCUAUUAUUUUAUGCUUCAGUGUCAAUUUUCCAGUCAUCGACCAUGAAUGCAGCUAUAUUCAGAUGGGGUGAAAUCACCAAACCGCAUCGGAAUACAAGGUUGAAUCAAUGCAUGUCUACGAGGAAGGUUCAGCGUCUCCAUGCAGAGUGUGCAGCACUGACCCAGGAAGCACCUCUAGUGGCCGCCUGAGUAACUGCCACUUGAGGUGUCCCCAGGCAGCAAAGUAAACACUGCCUUUUCUCUGAAAAAAAUGUUUACUGCAAAAUGCCAGCAGGAACUGACUAUUCUCACCAGAACAAAUACAUUAAGCUGUCACUGGUGACUAUAGUGUCUCUUUAACGAUUAAAAUGACUUAUUACUCAAUCCUUUUCAGACCAGGCACAACCAGGGCACACAGUGCAAAUGAGGAAACAAAAUAAAAACAUUGCUUAAUUUCUCCCCUUUUCUGUAUUUUAUUUUUUCACACCUCAGAAAUGUAUAUUUCUUAAAUAUAUAUAUAUAUAUGUGUGUGUGUGUGUGUAUGUAGUGGAUAAGUAAGUAAAUGUUAAAUACCAUGGGAAGUAACCAUUCCUUUUUAACCCUUUACCCUAAGUGUCCGAAUGUAUAGUGCUGCAGAGCACGCUCUAACAAUAACUGCCACAGAAAUACUAACUGUACCGUAUGUAAUAUAUAUAUUAAGAGAGAGAUUUAUAGAGAUCCAUCAAUAACUCUGUGUGCAUAUGAUUUCUCCCAAGUCAGCAUGAAAUGAUUUACAAGCUUCUGUAAUCACCUAAUGUUCAGGGAUGUGGGCAGUAUUGAUGCACAGUAAAACUCUCCUGACAUCGUAGUCAUGCGUAAACUUGCAAAGAUUCUGAAAAGUAAAGAGAUUUCUGUAACUUUACAGCCUCGCUUCCAGGGAGAUUUUUAAAAAGUUUUUUAAAGAGCUCAUGCAUGCAUCGAGCAAUACUAAUUCUCCCUUAGAAAGUGAUUGCGAUUGAGGGCCGGGGAUUUUCUAAAAGACUUAAGCCAUUCCCUGGAUAAGUAUGUGGGUUCCUUUAAAUAAGCUUAAAAAGAGACUUCCAGAUGUAAAUAUUUUUUUUUUUAAUGUAUUGCCCUAUAAAUGAAAUGUUGUUGGCUCAACUGUUGUAUGUCUCUUUAAAAAAAAUAAGUCCUUCCUACUUAACUCUUUAAUCCGUUCUUCAACAGAGGAUGUGAUUGUAGGUAAACUUUUGACCCACCAGAGGCGCAUAUUUUCUGCAGUGUUUUUGCAGUGAGACCUGUAGUCCUCUCACACAUUAUUAUUAUUAUUAUUUUGUUAUUUAUAUAGCGCCAUCAGAUUCCAAAGCGCUGUUCAAAAUAAUUGUUUGUUCCUUAAACAAAUAAAGCUUUUAAAACCAUAAUUGUUACAGUUCAAAGUAUAUUUAUCAAAAAUGAAACUUUAAUAUAUUGAUUUCUCUUUUUGUUAUCUGUGUGUUGGUAGAGGUGUGUGUGUGUGUGUGUGUGUAUAUAUAUGUGUAUAUAUAUAUAUAUAUAUAUAUAUAUAUAUAUACACACACACACACACAUAUACACCUACCAACACAUUUAUUAUUAUUAUUUAUAUAGUGCCAACAAAUUCUGUUGCGCUGUACAAUAGGAGGAAUAACUACAAUAAGUAAUUGUAACCAGACAAGUUGAACGUACAGGAACAGAGGGGUUGAGGGCCCUGCUCAAUCAAUGAGCUUACAUACAAAUUGGCCUGAUAUUGGAUCCUGACAAUGUAUAUCCCUGUGUGUAUUCUAAUGUAUUGAGAGUGAAAGUCCCUUAUUGGUAGCAUGUGUAUUUAUACGUGUAUUCUGGUUUUAAAAGAUAUACCGGAGAUCAGCAACUGAUAACUUGACAUGAAAACAUUUAUAUUUGAUGAGUCUGAUAUUUCACUUUCUCUUAAUGUUCAUUCUUAUAGACAGUCAUAUCCCCUGUUUCUUUUCCGAGGGAUGCCAUCGUUAAAGGAUUUGCAGAAGUAGCAAGCCAUUCUCUAUAAUUAUUGGUAUUGGUAUUGACACACCUAUAGCUAGCUCAGAUGAUAUCUAAAUGUAACCAAUUUGCUUAAAGUAACUUUGCAUUAAAGGGACACUAUAGUCACCCAUACCACUUCAGCUCAAUGAAGUGGUCUGGGUGCCAGGUCCCCCAGGUUUUAACCCUUCAGUAUGUUUACAUUGCAGGGUUAAGCCAGCCUCUAGUGGCUGUCUUCCUGACAGCUGCUAGAGGCACUUCUGCGAUGCUGGAUGCGAAAUUCGCAUCUAGCAUGCAGAACGUCCAUAGGGAAGCAUUGAGAAAUGCUUUCCUAUGGACUGUUUGAAUGCGUGCGCUGCACUUGCCGCACAUGCGUAUUCCGCUCCACUUGGGCGCUGACGGUGGGAGAGGAGAGGUCACCAGAGCCAGGCGCUGGAUUAAAGUAAGUAGCUGAAUGGGUUUUAACCCCAUUCAGCGCCAAAGGAUGUGGGACCCUGAGGGUGGGGGGGGUCGUAAGGAUGCUUUAGUGUCAGGAAAACGAGUUUGUUUUCCUGACACUAUAGUGAUCCUUUAAGCUAAAUCUUCACACGUAGAUUGUGUCAGUGAUAUCUUACCUUAGCACUGCAGAUGUUUGCAAACUACAUUUCCCAUGAUGCAUACCUGGCCAAUAGGAUACAUAAUAUGAAUAACGUCCUUGCGGCUGAUUUCAUGUAAGCAUUGUGACAAAGCAUCUCCCAUUUUUGGCAUCACAAAAGUUUUAGUUUUAUAGCAACUUGGUAUGAGCAAUAAGACAACCCAGGGAAACUUGGUUCAGAGUAACAGAGGGGGAAGGGGGAGGUGAUGGUCGUCUGUGGAAGAUUCUCAUAAGGCACAUUGGUGUCUUAAACGGACAGUAUAGAUACCAGAACCACUACAGCUUUCCGGUGUCUAUAGGAUCUCCCUGCAGACUUUUUUCAAUUGAAACAGUGUUUACAUUGGUUCCUAGUAACACCUCUAGUGGCAGUCACUCAAACAGUCUCUUGAGUUGCUUCCUGGUUCAGUACUGCACUUUGUGCACCACCUACAUUCUGAGCUGCUAAACAUUCUUAAUGAGGCAAUGCUGAUAGACGCUGAGGUACGCAUUUGUUGCAAGAUGUAGUGGAAUAUGUUAUCAAUUUCUGCAUUUUGCCAAGAAAAUGGCUUGUAGAUAUGACUUUAUCAUAUUAUGUAGUUUGAAACUUUAAUGAAAUUACAUAAUCUGAAUUGUUCGAAACAUUCUGGGUUUACAAAAAAAAAAAAAACUCAGCUGUCUGUGCAACCUUUAAAGGGACAAUCCAGGCACUCAGACCACUUCUUCCCAUUGGAGUGAUCUGGGUGCCAACUCCCACUACCCUUAACCCUGCAAGUAUAAUUAUUGCAGUUUUUGUAAACUGCAAUAAUUACCUUGCAGGGUAAACUCCUCCUCUACCACUCUACUAAACAGCCACUAGAGGACACUUCCUGGUUCAUAGCACAGUUUUGCUGUAGCAUCGCUGGACGUCCUCACGCUAUGUGAGGACCUCCAGCGUCGCUAAAAUCCCCAUAGUAAAGCAUUGAAAGCAUUUUUAAUGCUUUCCUAAGGGGAGGUCUAAUGCGCUUGUGUGGCAUUGCCGCUCAAGUGCAUUAGGACUCCCCCGCCGGCGGCCGCACAUACGCAGUUGGUCAGGAGCGUGGGCGGACCCUAAACCACUGCUGAGGGACAUCGGCGGGGGUCUCAGGUAAGUCACUGAAGGGGUUUUCACCCAUUCAGCAACCUGGGAUGGGGGUGGGAGGGAGAGGGGACCUGCAGUACCAGGAAAAAGGAUUGUUUUCCUGGCACUGGAGUGUCCCUUUAACUAUAAACCAUGUGUUCUGCACUUAAUCUUGUUCUAUCCUUUUAAAACUCAUUUUAAUUUGAAAGUGUUAAAGGAAUAAAAAGUGUGGAAACGAGGUGAUAAUUAUUACUCUGUAGCUAUGGAUAUUACUUAUCUGUUAAAAGCACCUAAAAUAUAUUGAGGGGAUAACUGUGAAAUAAUGGAAAUUUAUGGGGGAAAAAAAACAAUCCUAAAAUGCCAACUGUUUUAUGCUGCAUUAAAGGGACUUGUUGGACUCGGUGAUUCAGUUUUCGGCGCAUUGUAAAAAUAGCGCAGUUAAAAUUCUUUGGUGGGGAAAUAUAAUUGAAAGUUCGCCACCUCUUAAAGUUUCUGUAAUCGCUGUGAUGCAGCUUCAGCUGUAAGCUUUGCCCAUGCCAGGAAGAGGCUUGGCCAAUCGGAAGGCUCUCCGCAUGAUGUACGGGAUCUGAACUUCUUCUGUAAACCCUUGUUCAACAGGAUAUGAUGUUCCGCUCAGACAGCUGGUAUCUGGACAUUACCUUUUCCAUAGCAUAUGGUGUAACUUCACAGCCACUCUGCCUUUAAAUUAGCCAUCUUAAAACAACAGCAGUGCAUGCAUCAAGUUAGUUCUACGUUUAAAACCUUAUUUAUCUCUCACCUCUUUUACAGACGGUUCCCUGGACAUUCCAAGGCUACACCGUAGCAGUUAGGAAGUUGUAUAAAUAUUGAGCCAACAUACGUUUUCCUACUCUGAGCUCACAUCUGCCCAAACAUGCAGAAUCCUAACUAAAAGUAAUGAAGCUUGCUUGCCCGUGUGCAGUACUUCCAUUGACUUCAAUGCUUUAGAAUUGAGAAUAUUUCCAUGGACAAAAAUGGUGUGUCUGUGUCCGGUGUGCUGUGCAUGCAGGGCGGUUUAUAAAUGACAUCAAUUCAGAUUUCAUGUAUAUGUAAAUAACUCUGCAUUCUUCCUGCUUGUAGACCUUUAUUUCCUGUUGAUAAAUGGUUGCUAAAAGCUGUUGUAAUUUUUCCCUGUAUAUUUUUUUUUUUAACUAUAUACAUUGUGUGUGUGUGUGUGUGUGUGUGUAUGUGUAUAUGUGUAUAUGUAUGUGUAUAUUUUAGAGAGUUAAACUAACACUAUAGGGUCAGGAAUAUUUCUAAUUCCAUAGUGUUAGAAACACUAUCUAGCAUCCCUAAAUAUAGAAAAACAUUUAUUCCAGUCUAAUGAUGCUGGUUCUGCCCCUGAUCUGCCUCCUUGGCUGACAUAAUCAAAAUUGAUAAUCUCAGCCAACCACAAUGAUUUCUGAUGAUCUCAGCCAAUCAGGCGUGCUGGGGGAGUGAAGGGGGGUCAAAUGCUGCCCUGGCCAAUCAGCAUCUCCUCAUAGAGAUGGAUUGAAUCAGUGCAUCUCUAUGAGGAACGUUCAGUGUCUGCAUGCAGAGGGAGGAGAUACUGAAUGUUUGGAUGCAUUUUAGGCAGCCAUGACCCAGGAAGGAUCUCUAACAGCCAUCUGAGGAGUGGCCAGUGGAAUUAUCACUAGGCUGUAAUGUAAACACUGCAUUUUCUCUGAAAAGACAGUGUUUACAGCAAAAAGCCUGAAAGUAAUGAUUCUACUCACCAGAACAAAUUCAAUAAGCUGUAGUUGUUCUGUUGACUAUAGUGUCCAUUUUACAUGGAUGAAAGUUGUCCAGGCGCUGGUAAUGUCCCUUUAAUACUAUAUAUAUAUAUAUAUAUAUAUAUAUAUAUAUAUAUAUAUAUAUAUAUAUAUAUAUAUAUAUAUAUAUAUAUAUAUAUAUAUAUAUAUAUUGUGUGUGUGUGUGUAUGUAUGUAUCUGUUGCUAAACUGAAUUCAUGUUGCGUAACAAUGCAUAAUAUUGAGUAACAACCACUUGUACUUGUGCAUCAAAGUCGUCAGAGCUAUGUUUUUCUUGAACCUGCAAGUUGAGGACAUAGACAAUUUAGGACAAAAUACCACAUUGUUGGAUGUUUUUGUUGUUUCUUUUUUUUCUCUCCAGCUUUAUAUUAUGAUUAUUUGUUUUUCUUUAUUUUUUCUUAAAGGAAAAUGCUUACUUUUUAAAACUUUUUCUAAAUGGAAUUUGAUGAAUGGAUACAAUGUGUAUGAUUAAUUUUGUUUAAAAGUUAGAAAGCACUAUAAUAGCAAUAGAUGAACGCCAGUUUGGUUAUAGAAGUGGGCUAGCUGAUCUCCAGCGGCGCCCUAGGGAUUUAUUGUCGCUUUUUGUCGUUUUUGUUUUUUUUCUGGUACUGACUGCUCUUUCGUGCAUGAAAUGUGAAGUUUCUAGUUAUUCUAUGGGUAACUAGACUGAAUACAUCCAUUCUGCACAGCAGGCUACCUGGAGAGUCAUGUCGUGUAGAGCACCAUGCACAAAUAGUGACUCAGCUCCGUGACCCAAUUUUCCGGGACUUGGGCCUCUCCCAGAUCCACAGAAUUGUGCAUCGUGCUGUCAAACUGGCUUUCCCCGUUGUGUUAAAAGGGUGUUGGUUAGAAUCAUGUUCUGGGGAGGCCAUGCUGAGAUCACGGUGCAUUAAAUAUUAUAAUUAACCAAUUUAUCGUCUCAUAAUUAACCUGUUCAUUGACUCAAUACAUUGCAAGAUUAAGCACGUUCUGGAAAUUACUGUUUUGGUGUAUAUAUAUAUAUUUUUUUUUUUAUGUAACAUUUUUGUCUUAGUCCUUUCUUUCUAAUGCUACAGUAAAGCUUGAUUUAAAAUUAAAAAUGCACUACAGGGGUAAAGAUUUGCUUUAUUUUAAUUAAUUUUUAGCUUCUCAUAAUUUCAUAUGGGCUGCAAAAACAAACAAAACGUUUUGCAACGUGAUACGUGCAGUAAAUCGUUUUCAGAGCGCUUUGCUCCUGCAAUCCUGCAAUGGUUUUUACAAAAGCAGGGUCUGCUAUUUUUUUUUGGAAAUAUAUUUUUCUUAUGGUUAAUUUCUACCAGAAAAGCAUAUUGGUACACAAUGUAGCACGCAGACUGAAUGAAAAUGAUAGAAUACAAACAUAAGCUUAGCACAAUGUAUCAGUCGCGUUCCUGCCAAUUAUUAUAAAAUUGUGAGGCCCCGGGCAAGAUUAUUAAAAACAAAAAAAAAACACCAAACAAAGACGGGUAUAUUUCUAAACCCCUAAUAACCUUUAAUAGGGAACACAUAGUGUGCGGUAGAAUUGUAACAUGCCAACGCUGCUGUCCAGGAAUAAUGGGAGUUUCAAUGCAGGGAUUAUGUUUGUAUGUUUGUAUCACACAGCCAUGUUCCCAUGUGUUCCCUAUUAAGGGUUAAUAAGUUAUGUCGGCGUUUAGAAAAAUACCCUCUCUGUCUUAUUAGAGAUUUUCCCAUGUAGCCGAAAGCAGCAAGGUGAAUUGUUAGUGUAGGACUCACCUGAGAGGGUUUGCCUUGACGUGGCAGGUGAGCUUACACUUAAAUGGACAGUGAAGUGAUACUAAAAAACCUCCAGUUAUUUAAUGUGCAUAGGGAUUUGGGAUAGUGUGCAAGUAGCUUUUUCUUUGGUUUUUAUUGUAUGUAUUGGGGCUGAUGUGCACUGUAGUCAUUGCUGACACUCAGGAGUAGUGAGAGUGUAAGCGCAGGGCUUAAAGGGAUCCUAUACUGCCAGGAAGAGAGCCAUUUUCCUUGCACCAAAUAAGGUCGCCCCUCCUUCGCAAUACUCCUCCCUCGCCAACAUCAGCCGGCAGGUGAGACCUAAUGCGCAUUCAUCAAUGCUUUCCUAUGGCAAAAAAAAUCUGACACUGGAGGCCGUUUUGAUUCCGGAAGCCCUUUAGUGAGGGCAGUCUUAGAGCGACAAUAUAAACAUGUUUUACAUUGCAGCUCUAAGUGCAAAAGGGAAAUGGCACCUAGACCACUUCAAUGAGCUGGGUGCCUACAGUGUCCCUUUAAUUAUGUAAGUUUGUAGAUGAGAGGUCUUCCGUGCCAUCUGAGGCCUCCAGCGGCGUCAGCUGGGUCCCAAAGACUGGCAAGGCUGAAAGUAGCUGCUGGAGUGAAGGAGUAAUAUUCCCCAUUUUAGCUUCAGCAUGCUUGUGGGAAUUCGAGUGUCUGAGUGUUCUCCAUAAUCGGAGUCCAGCAGGGUUUGCAACCUUCUAAAACACAAGGUUAUUGAGGAGAGAUGGGUCAUGCAGUCAUCUUCUUCAAGAGCCAAUCCACGCCCCAGGUCUGCUAGAUCUUUUCUGCCACUUUUUCUCUUGUUAAAUAAUUUUUUGUUUUGUUGCUAUAGAAACUGAAUAAAUUGGAUAAGUACAAAAUAGUCUGCUUCUCCCCACCUAGUGUGCCCUGAUAAUGAAAUAGAUAAGACUGUGUUUAUAUCAAGCAACUCGCUUGAGCAAUCUGAAGCCUAUUCUUUGCAUUGCAACUCCCAUCAGCAAAGUAAAAAUUAUUAAAAACUGCUGUAAUAAUCGGGUCUGUUAGCACAAAAGCACCUAACCACAUAGCCAUUCUUAAAGUACACAUGGGGAGGAUUAUCAAAGUGUUCUGAAAAGAGUCUUCCUAUUUUUCGUCUCAAAUCGGUUUGUGUUUAUUAAAGGACCACUAAAGUCACCUGGACCACUUCAUCUCAGUGAAGUGGUCUGCGUGUAGUGGUCCUCUCAUUUUAAGCCUUCAAUGUAAAUGUUUACAGUUUUAGUAGCACUAUAUAGCUCUUCAGUGCCUGUAAUACUGACCGCCACUAGAGGCGCUUUUCGGUACUUAAACUGCAGUUUUUCACAGAAAAAUAUAUCCAUUUCAGAACAGACCACCACAUUUAGAAUGGCUGAAAAGUUAAACAAAACACCUGUCUGGCAGAAAACGUGAUGGAAUGAUUGAUAAACAGGCAGUGCAUUUCAAAAUGGUAGUUUGGUGCAAAUGAUCUAAUAAAUAAAUAAAACCCCAAAAAAACUAAUGGCACAAAACAACAACAUUUGUACUGUUUGGAUUAGGAGAAAGCACAAAGUGCUUGCUUUAAAAAAACAAAAACAAAAAACAAAAAAACCUUUAUUUUUUUAAAUUUAUUUUUUCUUGAUAAGAUAUGUUCUUUUAGAGAAAUAAUAUUUUUGUAAAUGACUGCUCUGUAUAUGUGAUGUACCUCUGCUAGUGAAAGAAAAAUAAGUCUACAAAAAUAAAUGAAAUAACCUUCUUUUUCCUAAAACAAUAACAUGUUUUUGUCUGUUAAGCUUUUUAUUAAAAUAAAAUGUAUUUAUGAUGUUUUGGAGGUAGGAGGGAGAUGCAGGGAAUUUCUGCCUCUGUAGACUUUGUUUGCUCCAUUCGUUGGCACGAAUAAUAAUGCAAUCAAUUUCUUUUAUCUUUCAGAUUCCCUUAGUCAAGAAUUAUGA